AGUGACACGUGCCUCUCCAAGCGCACGCGGGUGGCCAACAACAGUCAGUGCAUUACCCAUCCGGCGACGUGGAGGUCAGUCUCCGAGCGGUCCCUCCUCCCGGGUAAACCUCCUCUCUGUUCCCGUCCUCCUCCUCUGUCGUCUCCUCAUUCAGAAGAAAACAAAGGCUUCCGCAUCGCACUCCAGUCUCCGGCUCAUCCCGACAGUCACGUCUCACUCUGUGGCUCCGUUUCUCGGGAGGCAGGUGUCCCGGUGCGUCGUCGUCCGUCCGAGCUCCGGGACAAGUGACUGUUGCUGCACCUCUAUAUCGCUCCACGUCUCUGCAGCAAAACCGGGCUGGACAUGGUCCCAUGCACAGAGGUAAGUGCCCACCGUUGCCCCGCAUGGAUACAGAGGAGGAGGAGGGGGGGACACUUUCUAUUCAAUGCAUGUCUCCCCCAAGUGAUCUGAUAAGGGCUCUGAGCAUAGUGUCCUCUGCGGGGAGCUCAGCACUGCGGCUCCCAGCACUUCUUUUUAAAGAUUUCAUUCAAGCUUAGUGAGAAAACUCAUAUUUAUGUGCUCAUGACCUUAUCAUGUCGUCUGGGAAUGACAUUCAUGAAUGGGUGUCCCCUUGAGGAUUGAAUGUUGCCAGGAUGGCACGAAGUUCGCCUGUGUUACCCCAAACUGCAUUUUCGAUAAGUUCAGUCAUUCAUUCUGCUUUACAACAGUGUCAGGGGACAGGCUGUCAUUCAGGCAGCUGCCUUAGGAAACCACUAAGGGAAGCUGUGGCAUGAAUAAUGCAGAAAAGGAGAUAAAUCGCAUUUAAAAACUUACAAAAACUUACUUCUUGACUCUCAAACUUCCCAUAGGUUCAUGUUUAAGACCCACACUUGAUGCACUGCUCUUCACAGUGAGGCUAUUUUUCCCCUCAGACUGCACAUUUUUAGUUUAUUCUCCCCCUGAGGAUCUAAACUCACCUAAUCUCACGUCCUGAAGAUGGCAGCCUGAGGGAUUCAGUUUACAGAACAUAACAGCAGCCAUCUAUAAAUCAAAAAAGCCUCCAGUUUAGUGCUCAUAAUGGGGAAAAUGGAUCCCACCAUUUAUCAAAGACGUGCCGCAGACAGGGCUCUGCUUGGAUGAGUUUCUUAUUAAAAAUGUGAAAAUUAAAAAAUUAUUGAAAGGCGACAGACAAAUGAGAACAACCACAAAAUGCUAAAACUACGAUGAAAGUCAAAAUAUCCCAAAUAGAAAUAUCACUGCUGUGUCUAUUUUUGUGGAUAAUUAAAUAUCACAAGAAAUGUUUAUUCUUUUAAAUCAAUCUUAGCGAUUCUUAGAGAAUCCUGCGUCUAUUAAUUCAUCUAUUCAUUGAUAAUUUGAUGAUUGUGAUGGUCAUGUGUCACGCUCUUCCUCCUCCCUCUCCUCCCUCGGCUGAUAGUGUCAUGUUUUCCUGCCUCCCUCACAGGUUAGACUCUCAUUCACCAGAGGGUCACAAACGAAUCAGCCACCCUCCUCCUCCUCCUCCUCUUCUUCCUCCUCCUCCUCCUCCUCCUCCUCCUGGCAGGAGUCACCCAUCUGCCUGCGCUCAUCGAAACAGCAGUGAAGACAGACAGGAAACUUACACUGUAGCGGUGCUGCCUAUGUGUCAGCGCUUCAGUGCCUUUAGUGUUCCCACAAGUCCUCUACUGUAUGUAUGUAUGUGUGUGUGAGUGAGUGUGUGGGUUUCAACUGAGGUGAGUUUGUGUCCAGGUGGAGAAUUAAGAAGGAGACAGGACCGGUUCAAGUCAGCAGAACAGAGCCAGCUGCUGCAUAUGUACGUGUGUGUGUCAAGGCUGAGCAGUCCAGCACGUGAGACAAAGUGUAUUUGUGUAUGAGUGUGUGUGUGUGUGUGAUGGGCUAGUGUUGACCAGGCUAUGAGUGCGUCUAAGAGGGGGGAGAGGCCGUCGGAUGCUAAGUUGAGCUAAGGGAGCAGAAGACAGAGGAGGAUCUGUGCGAGGAGCAGCCAUGGGGCUCGGACAGUCCAGCAAGGCUCCGGUCACUGAUGACACAGAUGAUGGUGAGUAAGAAAAACAUUCACGUUACUUUUAGUUUCUUCUCCUUCUGAGGAUCAAAUCUCAAGAAAAUGUGGGAAAGGAUUUACCAUGCUAUCUCAGAGUGAUGAUCUGCAGUCUGAAUAAGUUAUCCUUUUGCCUGCUGUAACAUUUAAUGUAAUGUUUGGCAGGUGUGCCGCAAUGCUCUUUAGACUGAAACUUGUCUCAAUCAGCAGCAGAUAAAAGCACAGUUUGAUUUUAGCAGUGUUUUGUUCACAAAGGAGUCAACUCUUUGAAGUAUUAAGAGCAGGAAUAUUGUAAAUCCAUCCCAGGCCUUUUAAAAGCUAAUACUAUAACCUGUUAAAAUCAUACUUGACAAUUUGUAGAUAUCAUUUUGACUAGGAUGAAAAUAUUUUCUAUUUAGUAUUUCUUCAGACAAAUCAAAUGGAAAAUGUUUUCAUGAAAGUCGUGCCGAUAUUUAUAAACCAAAUUAUCCAGUAGUGCAAGAGUUUUUCAAGACAAAAAAAGUUUGUCUCUGACUUACAACACUUGUUUUGAAACUAUUAUUUAAAAGUGUUAAUUAUUAUUAUUGUAAUAAAAAUGAUGCUUCAUGUUUUUUAUUGUUACAAACACCAAGUAACAAGCAUGUAUGUAAUGGUAAACUACUACUACUAGUAGUACUAAUACAAUGACACCAACCAUUCAUGGAAAUAAUAAUAUAAUAUAAUAUAAUAUAAUAAUGUGGUCACAGUCUAAGAUUAAAAAUGAGAAAAAAAGUACCUGCCAGAGGAUCUCCAACAGCGAUCAAGUGCUUAAAAGGUCAAAGACUGCAGUUUAAAGUUGAUGCCUUGCAAUGGUAGGCUUACAAAACUACCAAUCAAAAUCUUAAACUCAGUUCUAGAUCUAACUGGUAGCCAGUAAAGAUCUGGACCAAUGGGAGUAAUCUUGUGAAAAAUUUAGUGCCACAUAGCAGCAUUUUGGAAGAGCUGCAGCUUGUGAACACUUCCUUUAGUUGUACCAGAGGGAAGUGUGUAACAAUAAUUAAGCCUCAAAGUUGUAAAUUACUUAAUUACCUUUCCUAAAUUUGAAAAAGUCGAACCUUAGAGAUCAGGCUCAGAAAUAAGACCAUCAUACACUUGAAGUGUCUCUAUUUUUUAGUUUGAGAUUUAAUUUUUGUACUCUGACAUAAAUGAGGCUUAGUAUGUUAGUAUUGAAUAAUUAAACUGACAUAUCAGUCAUAACUGAACACCCUAUUUAACUAGAGUGAAGAAUUUAGUCUAAAAAUGGCGCUACAUUCAGAGCUGUUGGGGAGUUGGAAGAGCCGCCUCUUGUUGCCGUGUCGAGCCAAAUGAGUUGGCUCACUGAACUAAGACAGAAUUCCCAUCUCUGAUUGGAGUGUCUGAUAAACUUGUCUGUAUAAUUUGGAGUUUUCUGGUGAGGUCUUCUUUAUAUUUGUGAUUUUAGAAAAUAUGCUUGAAUCUUGCGGGGCGUAUUAUCUUUCAAUUCAUUAGGCUGAUGGACGUUAAGUCAACAGCAAAUAGGGGGUUAUUACUCUGAUUGAUAAAGCUGUUGUUUUGAAUGUAUUUCUCUUUUUUUUCUUGAUGGCAUGAGUGGAUAACACAAUGUGAACAUAUUGAUCUCUGCGAAAUUAAUUCCAGUCUGGCCGCGCUCCAAGGACUUCAGAUAAGUCUAUGAGACAGGAGUGGAGUGGCUUUCCCAGGUUUUACUUCUCUGUAGGGCAAAUAGGUGUUUCUGUAUGUCUGAUAUCCUACAUGAUGAGAUUCUGUGAAAGGCUAAAUUUCAUCCAUCCUCAUUAGUAUUCGCUUUUUUUGUUUGUCUGAUGAAAAGGGUAAUUUAUUAAAAUGAUUCUUCGGGCCUGAUGGUGUCAAAUUACCACCUCACAGGCUAAUGAAAUCCAUAUCUGUGGCUUUACUAGAGGCGACCGCUCACGAAGAGGAAAUCAUUAUUCAUGGUUAACCUCACUGCUUAGUCAUAUAGUGCACCGUUCUGGAAAUGCCACUCAUAACAGAGCCUCCCGGUACUUAGAUUUAAUGCAACAGUACACCUUUCUGACUCCGUGCUAACAAAAACAGAGUGGGUGUUUUCACCGAGAGCAGGGAAGUAAUAAACACAGGCACGCGCAGUUUUAAAUCAGACCAACAACAACAACAAAAAAAAAAACACAAAAAAAAUGAAAAAAGGCUCGGCUCAUGGGAGACAGAGUAAUCCCCUGGCUGAUGAAACUCAUGUCAGGUGCACAGGCAGGGAGGAUUCCCCCAACCAGACAGUUCACAGCGUGUUGACUCGACGCCACGCAGUCACCUCGCUAAGCAGCAAUAAAGAUGCAAAUAAGGUUUUCGCUUUACGGCACAGCAAGGUCCCUUCAAGGAAAUACAGGCCGUAAUGGAAGAAUUCUUUUUGUUUGUUAAUUCAACAGUGAGAGUUAAUAAAUCCUGACAUUUUAAUAAAUACACUAUAAAUGCACAUAAUUUCACUGUGGUUAGCCAAACGGUACUUUUCGCCUAGAGUUCCUCGGCUGCUUUAAAAAUACUACACUCCGGUUUUAAGUGUAGUUGGAGGCAAAUUAAUUAAGAACUCUAGCCUCAGUGAAAGUGGUUCCCUGAGAUAAGAAAGAACUGAAGCUCAGUCUAGAGAAGCUGCUGCUGUCUCUCAUCCAAAAAGAGGCAGCUUGAGGUGAUCAGGAUGUCUGCCGGGUGUCUUCCUUUGGAGGUUUUAAGGGUAUUUCCAAACUUUGAGGAAACCCUAGGGUGGACCACCAGAGGGAUUUAACCUCUCAUCUGGCUAAGGGAUGCCUCAGGAUCACCGAGGAGGAGCUGGAGAGUGUUGCUAAGGAAAGGGAUGUCUGAUGACGUCGUUCAGCUAUAGAGGAAAAACAAGGAUGGACGGAACAAGGAUAGAAAAGUUAUGGUUAGCUUUUUGCUCACCAAAACUUCCUAUUGAGCAAGGAUUUCACUCAAAGCUACAAAUUUGUUUGAUAAUUUAAGAGCUUUACAUCUGCAUACUGAAAUCUGAUGUCUCUAAUGCACAAUUACACGGAACAUGGCCUUUAAAGCUCCUACAAGGAGUUUUUUACAUUCAUAAAAUACACUGAAAUUCACAUUGAUGCUUUUUCAUGAUAUCAAAAAGCAAACAAAACCAUCAGGACCAAGACUGACAUUUUGACAUUUUUAAUCCCUAAAACUGGUUUGAGGGGGUAGAUGUCAGCCGAGCAGCUGAAGACACAGCCUUGUUUUUACAGUUUUCCUAUGAAUUAACCACAAUAAACAAUACUGUCAAAAGUCAGCAGGAUGACAUUUCUUUUGUCGACACACUGCUCUGUUUGUAGAGGACAAGAUAAGAUAAGACUGCUGUGUCCACAAGGGGCGCCAGGAGCUUUAAUGUGUGAUUUUUUAUAUUUCAUUUUGAGAAUCUAUUAAAUUUAGAGGCUACAGAGGCCAAUAGAUAAAUAAGAUAAACAACUUAUUGCUAAAAUAAGCAACCAACAAAGUUUCUCUUUAAGUAUUAUGAUAAAGAUUCUUGGUCAUGAAUUCUUAAGUACAUUUUCUGCACAGUAGCAAUGGUGAAACUGUAUUUCUCUCCAGGAUUUACAUGCACAAUAAACUCUUUACUGUCUUCCUUACUCUCAGACAGAGUCAUUCGCUGUGGUUCAUACUCAGCCCAUAUUAGUUGAUUUACUGAGACGUGUGUAUGAAGGUGAACUCUGUCAUGACACGUUUAUCUCCUCUGAGAAUAAUGUGUACACUGCUUGAGCUCCUCGUGUGCCACACAGGUUUUCCACCCUGUAUGCAGCAGACUCUGUUAAUGGACAGGUCCUGUUUACUGCUGAUCAUGCUUUAUUCACAUAGCAGGGACACAUGGACCCAAGGGUUCAGUUUCAGUUGUCAGAGCAACAGCAGGAGUACUGGUGUUCCCACGUCGGUGGGUCCUUAAGUGAUUUACAAGCAUCUCUGUGAGAGACAGGAAUAAAAGGAGGAGGGAGAGAGAGCGGGGCAGGAUGCCUGCAAUGAGCUGGAAAAUAUGGGAGACAAUAGGACCAUGGUUGUUUCAUCUUUGUUGUCCUACAUAACUGCACACAAUGCUCUCUGUUUGGUCUCUUCAAGUUUGUUUGUAUAUUUUUAAGUCAAUUCCACACUCACUGUCCAUGAAAUCUUAAUCGGACCAUCAAAUGUUGAUGAAUUCACAUCUGAAAAUAUUUCCCCCAAAAAGUUGACUAAUUUAAGUGAAGUUUACCAAAAACUACAGUACCCAGCUGGUGGGGGAAAAACUGAGGCUUUGAAAAAGAAAUCAUCCAUCUGUUUGUGUGGACUGUUGUUAAAGAGUAAUGUCUCCAGCAGGAAUAAUUGUGCUUGCAGCUGAAUGCAACAGACUUGGGCAGGGAGUUGGAAAGCAUUCAGGGACAGACUUACACAUUGUUGGUUUUGGUCUUUUUUUUAAGGGAUUGGAUGGAAAUGUUGGGAAGUUUACAGAUUGCAAGCCAGUCUAGUACUUUAAGAUGAGUGGCCGCAAAGGGGGUCAACCGACACAAAGAGCUGUCCUCUGAAGUUAACUUAUCCCUCGCCUGAAAAUCCUUGACAGGAAUAAUCAUUUAUUCCUCUUUUAGAAGCUCAUUUCUGUACAGAUGUUUUCUACGCUCUCUUCAGACAUGCAGAAAUGUCAUUUUAGAAAAUUUUCAGGAGCUCUGACCCGGAAAUUUUCACACAUGUCCCUCAUUGUGCCAAUUUCCUUGUCUAAUGAGGAGAAAGAUGAGUUUCAGGAAGCAGGAUAUAUCGAAUCAACACCGACCUUUACUGUGAUAACAGAUUUUGCAUUUAAAUUAGUGCUUUACAUUUGUAAACAGGCAGAUGUGAAAACAUCUGUUGCUGUAUCAUCUUGAAAAAGAUUUGUCUUCAGGUUUGCACCGGUUGCCUGAUAAACCUGCUCACUCACAGUGAAUUUUUCAAAAUACUCCUUGCUGUGUUUUCACAGCUCGCUCCAGCUUCGUGCAAAGAUUUUACAAACAAAGCAGGGGCAAAGCUGAGGUGAAAGUUUCAGCUGUUUCAACAGGAUAAAUCUAUGUUUGACAAAUUUGACGAACUCUUUAUUUUUUUAAUGCACAUUUGAGUCAGACAGAAACAUGAAGUAAAGCUCAUAUAAUCAUUUUUAGUGACACAAUCUGAAGGACAAAAUUUUCGUCAUGUGUGGUUGUGAAUGUCUAUGGAUGAGAGGAUACAUGCAGUUAAAAAGUAUUGAAAGGAAUAUCUAUAAAUAGAUCCACUGGUGGGUCUGUUUUUAAGUAAGUGAGAGCCUUUAGUGCAGACAGAGACCAAGAAGGGAGCACACUUGUGAUUUUUGUCAGCUCUGGUGUUGACAUAGGCAGAUAGUGAUGCAGACACUGAUAGACAGAGAGGAAAAAGUCACAGACAUACAGUACAGCACAGUGUGCAAGACUCAAACUGAACAAGCCUGAUUACAUCAAUCCAAACUGAUUAGCAUGUGUCAGUCAAAUUCAAAUUGACUAGCAGAUGAGCUCCUCAGUUGGUCAAAGCCGUGGAAAAAGGGGCUGUCAAUGCGUCAAUUCCACUUGUGCAGAUUUCAAUCAUCGCACGCUGUUACUCAUGUGUCCAUCAUCUAAUAUGGCACAUUAGACCAUUCAGAAAUCUGCGGGUCCAAUAUGAAUCCAUCCAUAAAUCCCUGUCUGCCUCUACAUUUCCCUCUUCUUCCCUUUAUAUCUCGCUCUUAUCUCUUUCGAUCCCUCCCCUCCCACCCACAACCACAUCUGUCUGCUGGGGAAAAAAACCCCGGAGGAAAAUCUCCCAGUAGCUUUGCAGGAAAAUGACUGUGUUUAUCUGGAGCAUGUCUCUUUGUAUAUGUGAAGUGUAUACACUGUCAAUCUGCGAUUCAAUGCACGCACAUGUGUGUGCCUGUGCUUGUGAGUGUGUGAUUUAUAAGCAGGGCCUCAUAUGGUCCCUAUCAGUGCGGGUUGUGUAAACACUCAGGCACAGAUAGUGUGUGAGAAGGAAGUGCCAGUGAUACGUGACUAACAGAGCAUAUCAUUAACUGUCACAUCCAAUAGACGCAGUGACUGUAGGCAAACUGUAUGGGUGCGUGUUGGAAGAGAGGCAGGUGAUGCUUUCAGUCAGCAUGUUUUUGGAAAUAUUUUGAAUGCAUUUUGAGUCAAAGUGUGCGCAUCUGUGUGUGUGUGUGUUUAGAUAAGUGCAGGGAUGGGCAGCAGAUGUUCCAUCCUGAGGGAAACAACACGAGAGGGAAAACCUUCUGUCCUGGUUGUCAUGGCAGCAAGUAACAAACAGCCCCAUCCGGUUUCAAUUGGUGAUAAAUGUUGCUGAUAGACGGAGGGGAGUGAGACAGGCAGUUAAGCCCUGGUACAGGUUGUGUGUCUGUGUGGGUGCGAUACACUCGCACAAAGACAGACUUUUCUACGUGCGCAGGAAAGAGGAUGAUAUAAACGCUGAUGGGAGAUAGAGACGCGGUAAAAAAAAAGCUUUUGUUCUGCAGAAAAACAUGCCACCAUCAUAAAAGAGUGCUUUGUGCUGAGGCUUAUUUCACUUCUCAGCUAUAAUGUCAGUGACCUGUGGUUGCCCUGGAGACCCUCAUCUGCUCCAGCUUAAGUGUGUGUAUUGUUCAAAUGAGCCUGAAGCAAAUCUCAGAGUGAACCUGCGGUAAAUGCACUGAAGACUGACGCACAUUAUUUACAGACCAGUUUCAAUCAUAAAAAUUAAGUUUAUUUGAUUUCUGAGAAUUGGAAUCUAUUAUGGUAUUGAAACACGAUGAAGUUAAUAAAGAUGCUUCUUUAUAUGCUGCCAAAGCAUAGAAGUAAUUUCAAGUUAUUGUUAGAGUAGGUCAAUGUCAACACAAGGCUGAACGCAUGUCAGAGAGGUAGCCAUCUUUUACUUUUUUUACUGCAAAUCUCCAUCGUUCAAAGUCUGAUGUUUAAUGCUUUGAAAUGCAACAGGGGUAAUUUCUUUUUCAGAAAACAGUGUACAGGACAAGUACAGCAGAGAUGAGAGGAAACAUUUAGUCUAUGGGGGGCGCCACAAUCAAAAAGAGUUUUUUUACUGGGGCUUUAAAGUUCUUAUUUCCUUAAAUACCACAUUAACAUAGACAAAAGUAGGGGUAGACAACUAUCAAUCUUCUGUGACUAUCAGUCAAAAUUUGACAAAGUUUUUCAUUUUUUCUGUCAGUGCAUUUCAGUUCCAAAUUCAGGUUAUUGGUCUCAGGAACUGCUAACCUAACAUAUACUAAAAAUCAGCACUGGUAUUGACCCUGAAAAACAGUAUCAGUCGACCCAGAGUGCCCAAUGUUUGUUCUAACAGUGUUUUUUAGAAGUAAAAGAUAAAAAAUAAAACUUUUGCAAAAGAUAAUUGUUUGAAAAUUAGGAACUCUUGAAUUCUUGCAAUGCAAGUCCUCUAUGACCAUAUUUGGGGGUGGAAGUGUUUUUAUGCCUUUUUUCCAUUUUUGGGUCUUUCUGGUUAAAAGUUGAUGUUCUUUGAGCAGACACAUGUCAAAUCUUUCAUUUCCAGCAUAUUGAAAGAGUGUUUAUGUUCGGUCGUGUUAAUUUGUUUUCCACUUAUUUUAAAUUAGAGUCAGGUUUACAUUUGAGGUUUUAUAUGUAGUAAUUGUAAACUUUUAACUCAACUUUUUCUUGUUUUUUUUUCUACAGUGAAUUUCGACCACUUUCAGAUCCUGAGGGCAAUAGGAAAAGGAAGCUUUGGAAAAGUAAGUAUAUUGCUGGAAAAGUGCUAGAAAACUGGAUAAAUGAAAAAAUUACUCAAGAUGGAGACACUGUUCAAGACUAUAUCACUUUCAUUCAGCUAGGUGAAUAAGGGUCCAGGUUACAAGUACAUAGGUUAUUAUUUUGGCACUACAGUACUGGCAUUGACACAUAAACACAAUGUAAACAAAGUCCAAAAACUCCACAACAGCACACACAACCAAUUCAGUGUGAACAGCUCCCUCAAAAAAGAUGUAUCUAAAACCUUCAUCAAAUAAAUGAUGAAAAGUUGAUCCAGCUUACAAACAGCACACAUGCUUCUGCAAAGACUGAUAAGCUGCAGCACUGGUUUGAUUAUUCAUUUACUUAAUUAUUGAUUUACACUGUUGAAUGUCAAAGAAUAUUAGAAAAAUUCUUGUUUAACUUCAUAAAGCCCAAGACAAACAACCAAACUGAUUAGUAUUCUGUUCCUGCAACAGUCCAAAACAUGAAAAAACUGAUGUAUUUAUAAUUUAUGAGAGAGUUAAUAGCAGCUGGAGGCUUUUCUGCUUGAAAAUAACAAUCAAUUAAUCAUUAUGACAGCCGCCAAUUAUUUUACUGCCAAUCAUCUGACUGUUGCAGGUGAAAGUUAGACCUUAAAAGUUACAUAUGACAUCCUUUCACUCUUGAAGCAAUAUUAUGAUGCACAGUUCACUGAGUCGGGCUUGACUUUCUCAAGAUUAACUACAAUUCCACUAUUAUAGAUCUGAGAGGAUUGCAGCCAUGCCUCCCUGCUGUUAAUCCAUACAGUGUGGAGUAAUUUACAUCAGCGUUUACAGUACAUACACAGCAAUACACCCACACACAGACACACACACACACAUACCUCCAUGCAAACACAGAACAGCUAUACUGUGUCCAACCGCAGAUAAGCAGUGUGAUCACAGUGGACAGCAAGCUGCUCAAUGGGAGGAGUGAUGUGAUCAGGGUUCAGCUGAUUAACCGUGCCAGCUGCUCCACAGAUCACUCUCUUAGAUAGCAGUAAUCACUGGCUUAUUGACGCUCUUAGAACAGAAAAGACCUACAAAUAAAUCUGGGCUAUGACACCGUCGCAUCUUGAAACAGUUUUCAAAAAGCAGUUAGUCACGUUUCGUUUGAUACAAACCAAAUGGCACAACAGCUUAGCAGACUACACCAGGUGUUAUUUUCCGCAUUUUCCACACCACAUUGCACUUGGUGUUUAUUUCCGCUGACAGCAGUACCCUUAGUGCUUUUUGAAGGCAUUUUUAUGCUGUCUGUAAAGACAUAUCUAUGUUCCCUGCUGGCAGUUUUAAUGAAAGCUAACAUGAUGUUUCCAUCUCUAAAACACUAAACAUACCGGUGUGAAAAGUUUAACGCCUUACCGGAGGAUUAAAAAGCUGAUUACAGAGAUUAAAGGGAAAUCCUGAAGUUUCCUUGCGGCCUCAUUAGAUGGACAACAUUUUAGGUUCUUGCACUACAACAUUUCAAGUGCCUGAAGCAGUUAAGAAAAACAACAUAAUGAUAAUAGAAAAAACAUAAAGGGAUGACUAACAUCACUGCUAAUUAUACACAUUUCUGAAUGUGUAAAAGCACUGUUAUUGUUCCUUAAUGUGCUGAAUGACCGUGAAGCUGUUUAGAGUCUGCAGAAAGCUAUUUGAUUCAUGUUUUACAGCAAACACAAGCAUCAAACUAUCACAGUAUAUGGAGCAUUUUUCCCUGCGAUAGUAUGAAACGUAUCCUCUUGUGAUCCUGUCAGGUCUGCAUUGUGCAGAAGAAAGACACUAAGAAGAUGUACGCCAUGAAGUACAUGAACAAGCUGAAAUGUGUGGAGCGCAAUGAAGUGAGAAAUGUCCUCAAAGAGCUGCAGAUCAUGCAGAACCUUGAACAUCCUUUCCUGGUCAACUUCUGGUAAGCAAUUACAGAUUUCACAGUGGUUUUACAUAAUUGUGCUUUCCAGCUAAAGAUCCCAUAUAACGGUACUUUUGGCUAGAUAUGUCAGAAAUUCAACCUCUGUGGAAGAUCUGCAGCCUCUCAGGUUUUACAGUGAUUUAAGUGGCCAGAAGUGUUAGGAUAAUGAAGUGCUAUCUGCGGCAAAAGGGUGCAGACCAAUGCAGAUAAAUGCAGAGGCAGAAAAACCCAUAAAUAAACUGUGCUCCAGAAGAACCUGCAUCAGUACCAGGCUUUAAUGGUUCAGCAUGUUGAAUCUGCCACAGGAGCAAAACCACAGUAGCAUAAAAGCACUGAGUGGUAGUAGGAGUGGUUUUAUAAAUCACUCCUGUCGUGAUGUCACCACAGGAGCCAAUUGAAAUUACCAUGUAGAAGUAGAGGUGGGCUACAGAAACAAUGAAAAAGCUUUUCCCUCAUAGUUGCUCAGCUAGAUCAGCAAACAAAACAAGUUUUUCUUUGAGGUAAAGUCUGUAAGUUUGUUGUGGAUUUUUUUAAUCACUUCAUAAAGUGUUAAGGAAAUGACAUUUGCUACUUUUUGACUUUACACCAAGACUAUAUUUAAUUUAGGACACAGUUACUCUUACACAACACAUUCCUCUUCUCCUAAAAUAUGCAUUUAAAGCUUCUGCAGCAGGUUUUAAGAUAUUUCCACAUGAGCAGAUCAUCCACACAGAGGCUUGGGUUUAUCAUCACCUGCCAUAGCACCCAAUUGAAUAACCCAUCAAUGCACUUCAUGUCAUCUGCUUAAUUUUCAUCAUAAUGAUUGUAUUCUGUCUGUCAUGUGAGUGAUUUAGCUAAGGAUUAUCUGCAGACUCAUGCAGGAAGGUGUUGUCCGUCGAAUUACACUCCCAAGUCUCUAUUCAUGUCGUACCACCCUUUGAAGUCACUAAAAGCAAAAUCUAGUUUGCUCACUGAUCCAAGCUCAACUUUUUCGGGCACGUCCUCCCUCUCCCUCUCCUGGCAGCGUCUUCUUCUUGUUUGCCUCAGCGCAUCUAGGGGUUUAAGGAAGUCUUUCCCUCAUUGCUGUACAAGCUCAUUCAAACUAAUCUAAGAUGACUCAUCAGGUAAUUUCAGGGCCUCAUUCAUCAUAAUCUGAAAGCCAGAGCUUACUGAGCACUGGGGAAUCUUACUUUCAGAUGUCUGAUAAGUACUGCUUGUCGAGUUUCCGGCUGAGAGUCGACAUCAAUUCUUGAUAAGCCGCCCUGCUCUGUGAUGUUUCAGAGGAAGCCACCCUGGUUUCACCAUUAAGCAGAAAGACAGAAAGGAGGACACGUGGAGAUGUUCUUCAUUGACACGUCAUAAGAGCACAAAGCGCCUUUUUGCAACGUAAUCCAAUCAUAAGUUAUGCGAAUACUUGUCAGUUAAGAUUAUUGGUUGAAAUUUUUGGUGUGUGGUCAGUCAAGCCACCACAGACCACCUCCAGCAGCCCUUGCCCCCUUUAAUUUUUCUUAGUAAAUGAGAAAAUGGCAUUUUAACAAGAUACUGAACAAGAUCCCUGUGAAACCUUGUUUCACCCAAUCUUUGUCUUUCGACCCACUUCUCUAUCCUCUCUCUACCCUUUCCCCAUUUAAAUUGCAUAUCUUUUAAAAAGCUGCCAUGGUGGAAUCAGAAGCUUUUGUCUUUUAAUUACUCAUUUGAAGGGAAACAAAGCUAAAUCCUUCCACAUUGGGAAUGAAUGAGAAAAAAAAAAGUAGAAACAGAGGAGGAUUGGAAAGGACAGCGAGGUUUAGGAAAAUGGAGAACAGCCAGAGCGCCACGAGAGAGAGAAAGCAGAGAGAAAAACAAGAGAGGAGGUGAAUGUAAGGAUAGAGAGAAGUGCGGUGCACAGACUCAUCAGACAAACAAUGCCAGUGCUUGCUUUCCUGCUUGAUUGCAUGCUGUGUUGGACAAAAAAAGGGUUGGAAGUUAAUGCUUUUGGCAGCAUAAACCCUCCACGGGUGGGGGGAGAUUUUCUCCAGAGAUGUGCUUGGAUCAGCGCUGUGUCCACACUCCCUCUCUCUCUGUUGAGUUGGCAUAAGUUAUGAUCAUCCUGAGGUAAGCGCUCAAGGUCAGAGACGGGGACAGAUUACCUGCAGGCAUAUGAACCGCACCGAGCCAGUGACCAGAAAAAAACAAGGCUUGAUUUUUCUCUGUCUCCUUUCAUCUGCAUCCUCUAUCCUCUUUUUGUCCACCUGGACCACAGACUGUAUAAAACAUGAAUGUAGUUACGUGUUUUGUUCUUCCUCUGUGAGUUGGCCUCCCGUUCACACAUAAGCACAGUUUCAGGUCACUGAAUAAAAAGGUUUUGAAAAUGCCUUUGAAGGUGGAGGAUUUUGGAAACUCCAAUCGGUCAUUUUGUUUGUCAGGUUUUGGGAAAUACUGACAUACUAGGGCACGGCAGCUAUUGUUGAAAUGUGUUGUGCCUGUGCUUAGAUGGAUGACCAGUUUGUGUGCAUCAACUUUAGGGGCACAAUGAAAAUUGAUCAAAUAAUGGUCUUAUUAGUCGACUUAAGUACUAUUAUUUGAAAUCUAUUUUAGGUCUUUUGGUUACAUGACAUGGAAGUUAUUGAAGAAAAUGUUCAAAAUUUGCCUUAAAAAUUUACACAAAAUUGUAUGAGGACAGAUUAGGAAAAUAAAGAAGUGUGUCUUAUUGGUCGACAUAAGUACUAUAAUUUGAAAUCAAUUUUGGGUCAAUUGGUCACAUGACAUGGAAGCUAUUGAAGGAAACAGCCUUUACUGAGAACAUCAACCGGUAAUUUAUUGAUGGUCCCUUAUUCAACACCCAACGAUGACAGCGAGGAUGUCGAGUAGAUUUAACCACUGUUGCUAUUCCCGGUUAUGGAAAGUGAGAGGAUACCGGUAGAUCUGCAGUGAAUGUCUCGGUCGAAUAUCCAACCUAAAACUAACUUCACCGCGGUAUUUACAUGAAUAAAUACCGCACGCAUCUAUUUUAGCUGCAAAUGCGAGUGAAAUGGUCGCACUGUCGAGCCAUGCUGUUGUAUUUUGUAUCAAAAUUUUCGGCUUAAGCAUGACGCGGACAAGAUAACCAAAGACUUUUUUGUCCACAGGGGGCGCCAAAUAUGAUAGAAACUCAAGGUUCCCAAACCUCAUUUACAAUUGCCUUAAGAAAGGAUUUAAACCAGUCCACAGACACAUUUAUUCCUGCUGUGAAAAUACGCUUUUUAAUACAGACUGUAAUAUAAUUUCUUUCAGCUUUAAAUAGACCCUUGGAGAACGGCAGUUUUGCAUGAGUUUAGUAAGAGUCCAGGGCUUAUUCUUUUACUUUUAUUUUUAUUUUCUUCCCCCUGCUCUCCAGUUGUUACCAUUCACCAUUAGCUCCACUUCUCUUUCCUUAAGUCUGACUUUGAUAGGUGAAUAUUCACCGCAGCUUAGCACUUGGAAGACAGGUCAAAAAAAUAAACACUUCACCCUCUAAGCCUACAAACCUUUUUUCUGAUGUGAAUACUUUAACCUCUGGCAUUACGUCUGUGUGGUACAGUAGGUGUGUUUAUAUGCCCGCUCUGUUGGGACAGCCCGUUUGUGCCUCUGCUGCAGUAAGUCUCUCAGUGUAAGGGGAGCCCUUGUUGGCACUGCACUGCUUUGACACAAGGGAAGUGUCUCUCUCUGGCCUUUGCAUCAGAAACGGUCACAGAGAGGAGGGGAUGCCAACUUGCAUCAAAUGCUGCAGUUUUGGGCUUUUAGCUUAUUUUGAUACUUGAGGUGUUGAGUUAAGUUGUUUAUGGAGGAAACAUCAGAGAGUACCAACAUUUAUACAGGCUGCUUUAUUAGUUUCAGGUACUUACAACAAUUUUGUAGGUGUUAACACUUGCAUGGGGCGUCAUGCAGAAAGAAAACAGUAAUAUGCGCUUGUGCAAUAAAAUGGUUUACUGAUUUUGAAAGUCCAAAUGCCAUCUGGUACAACAGUUCGAAUAAUGAGAGAAAUGGCUUUAUGAUAAUUUUGUGUUCUUGUUUUAUGUUGUUGUAUUACUGAGAUUUUGCUUGUUCAGCUGCUUUAAAAAUUAUAUUAAAAAACAAACAGAAUUUUCAGACAUUUGCAGAGGUUAGAAACAGUAAAUGCUUGAGAUUAAAAUACACAACCACAAAUUUUAGACUCAGUUCUCUUGGACCAAGCAGAACAUAUAAUAUGUUUACAGCCAACCUUGUUAGAUUACAUGACUGAACCUGCUUUUAACAGACCCUAUAGGAUACUUCACACAAGAAGAGUGAUGUAACGUGGUUUUGUACAGGAAUAAUUGCAUAACUAUGAAAGGAUAAGAAGAAGUACAUUAACAAAAGCCUAAAAUAUUGUGGAGUAAAUGCUUCCCUUGCUUCAGGGAGUCCCCAUUGUGCACAGUUAUUAUGUAAUGUUACUAAUGUAUUCCAUCUCUACGCAGAGAGACAUCAGUCAGUAUUUUUCUUCAUUCAUGUGUCUCCUCUUAAGAAAACCAAACAGAUAUGACAUGGUGUGUCACAAAGGCAGAAGACAAGGAUUCCUCCAAGCAGCUAAAUGUAUAAGCUCCACUAUGUUCCAUAUAUGUUGUACAGUACAAGCACUCUGCUGAGGUAUUAUGUUCACUUUGAAAGAGUAAAAGAGGAGUUUCAUUCAAAGACGCAUUAACGAGACCUACUUGUGCUUAAAGUACAAACUGUACAAACUGUUUCUGCAUCCUCAUUUUACUUCUCACGCCGCAGGCAUUAAGGAACGGAGCAAAGCAGCAUGUCAGCAUGUCAAGUAUUUGGCUCCAUGUCAAGGUGACCUGCUGUAAUGGCCGACCACAGAAUCAGAGAUGGUAAUGAAUAAGAAAACAUGCUGAUCAAGUACUAAAUGUUACUUCAUUGGAAGUAAUAGCGUUAAGUGCUAUCAGGGUAUCAGGGGUUGUGAAGUUUAAAGCGUGUUUUAAAGCAAACUAAUGAAAACAGUCUGAGGGUGUAACCAUGGUGCAGGUGUCUGAGUUCUCUCUUUAAGGAGCGAUGCACAACUGACACCAGGAACAAAACAGACAAAGUUUGAAGACUUUUCGAGAACGUCUGUGCGUACUGAGUGUAUAUUUUCUGCUGCCCAACUGAUUGUGACAAACACCUGACCAUGUGGGCAUGCCAAGUGGGCAGAAAAGUGGAUGCUGUGAGUCUGAAAUAUUUCUUCUAUUUCUCUCAUCGCAGCAAUUCUACAUUUGGACACUUGGGCCUUGCUCAGCAUGACUGUAUGUCCAUUUGGGUUAUUUCUGUAAGCCUGGCCUGCAUGUUGAAAUUCAGUGCGUCAACGAUUUGUACGUCCUUAUAUGUUCUGUAGCUUUGCAGUGCCAUUGGUAUUGUCCAUUAUGAUGCUACUGUGAUAGAAAAAUUCAGAGUUUAUUUUGUAUGAAUAAGUAAUUCCAAAGACCGUUUACCAAGAACACUUUGGAUUUGCAUCCCGAGAUUAGAUCUUUCUCUGUUUUGGGCGGGAUUUUGUUGUGUGCCUUUCUGCAUGACAGCUCUUAAACACAGACUGAUGGGAGAUGUCAGUCAAAGGAGGUGUUUGGAGAUGAGGUGGGAGGAAGGUCGAAGGGCUGUCAGCAUCGAUCCAUCGUGUCACAGUGCAAGCAGGUGUACAGCUGUGUUGGCAAAAGUGAGGGGGUUUGGUCAAGAUGGUGCGUUUGAGUGUUAGGGGGCAGUUUGUAAAUUCAAUCACUGACGUUUUAAGAAGAUUGCAUUAAAUUUGAAUAGCUAAGUUAUCCAUUUAGAAAUUGGAUUUUUUGAAUUAAUGACGGAUUUGAUUGAUAAAUGUUAAGAAGACGUAUGGUUAUGAGACUUAAUGGUUUAUAGUUCUGAUGGUUCUUUAUGACUUUCUAAAGCAAACAAGACUGAGCAAAAAGAUUGGUUAUAGUAGAGUAAAUAACUAUUGAGUAAAUAGUUAUUUUACUUGUUGAACCUGUGGCAACGGUUGAUACAUCCUGAUACAUCCUCAACAAGCCAAGAGAGCAGAAGUACCGUUUUUGUCCAUUGGGGGCGCCAAAGUAAACCCAAAAAGAAAUAACUUACAUGCUCUUUAACGAGUGCAGUACAAUUACUUUAGAUAAAUGCAUGAAAAUCGAUAUCCAGAGAUGGGGUACAUUUAGAAACGCUGCCAGAAUUGCCAUUACUGUGUAAAAAGGAGGGUGAUUUUUUUAUCUCUACUACUGUAGGUGAUAAAAAAUAUGUUAUUGGAGAUUUUGUGCUGACUCUUGCAGUUUGACCACUUGAUUUAAAAGCCAUAAUCUACUUUAAAUAAGUAUAAAUUGCGUGUCUGAAACAUUUAUCGCAAGGAAAAGGACAGAAUGUUUUUAUAAUUUGAAAACUGCAGCAGUUUUUCUGUUAUUUGAAGUAGCUGUGUGGUGUUGUUUGUCAAAGCUGUUACCUUUGAAAUACAGAAGGGAAGUGUUUUUUUUUGGUGAGGACACGUUACCAUUAGCCUCAGAGUCCCUGUGGUGUCUGGAGACCUCCAUUACUGGAGUGGCCUGGGGUGUCUGUUCGCCUAAAAGCUCCAAACAGGACGCUCUCCCAUCAGGCCGGCUGCCUGGAGGACACAGAGAGGUCGCGCUGAAAAGUAUGUGUGGCGGAGCAGAUGCAGACACUGAAUUAAAAAGUGAAUUAGAGAUGCAGAGAGAGUGGGAGAAAGGUGAGACAAAAAAAAGAGAGGAGAGAACAAGUUAGAGAGACACCAGGUGCCAGCAAGGCUAAUGAACAGUCUGCACCAUUUCAACAUAAUGUACAGGUGCUAAUCUGCACUCUGACUGCUGUUCCCUGCACUUCAUCCAAAAUGCUGUUUGAGGCAUCAAGCAACAGCUGCUAAUGGACGCCUGAGAACUACUUCUUUCAAUUCUGGUGUCGUCCGUCUUCAUCAGUCUGGUGCAGCUGCAGAAUAAAGAUGGAGAGUGUCUACACUGUCCUGCUGUUGUCUUACUCCGACAUUUAUCUUUGGCAUUUUAAUCACAAUAUUUUUAUUUUACGAUUAUUUCAACAACACCCUCUCUAUUGGGAGAUGUUGAAUGAGCUGCAAGUCUCAUGGCAUGUCUUUCUGUUUGCUGCUACUCAUUGUCAAGCAAUAAAAGUCAAACGCAGAUAGCGAAGGAGUCACAGGAUCUAUCAGGCACAUGUUAUCAUCAGAAACGGGUCUUUAGCAUAAACUAGAUAGAAUAGAUGCCGUCUGCCUCCUCGCUAGGUGAAGCCACGAUGAGAACAGCACCCUCUGGUGACGGGCUGCAGUAUAGGUCAUAUAUCCAGCCUCCUCUAGCAAUCCCUAUGGAGUUGUGGACGAAGUUUAGACAUUAAUUACACAGAAUAUAAAUUUUUCUCCCCCCUGGUUGCGAUGUUGACGUGUAGUUACUGUAAGACUGGUUUGUGCUCAAGUCCUCUUUUUUCUGUGCAGCUUCAUUUUUAAAAGUUAUAAGGGGGUUUAUGUUUCGUAUGAUUGACACUUGAUUCAGCCUAUGAGCAUAUGAAGAUUGCGUCACGAAGACACGCUGUUUGCGCAGAGUGCCAUCACAGCUACUCUCCCGCUGAAUGCGUACAACACUACUGCGCAAGUGGUGGUUCCAGGAAGUGGAGAAAAUCCUGGGUCUACCGAGAGCGUCGGCUUCAAAUUCGUGUAAUGACAAAAGGCGGAGCCAAGUUGUCCGUCAUAUAUACAGACUAUGGUCUUUAGCAGUCAGGGUUUGAACACCUAAACAAAAAUCCUCAUCAUUCACCCCUACAGAGAGCGCCCUCUGCUGUUUAAAACUAACUGAUUUGAAGUGCCCCUUAUGUUUACAAAUUCCCAAGUGCUCUUUUACAUCCUGAUCUUCGGGUUAUGAACUUUUAUUUAUUCUGCUGCUAGUUUUACAAAAACAGGGCUGAGAAAAGAUGCCGUUUUGAUCCCUUAUGGUGCAUUUGUCUUGCUUAGUAGUAUGCUACCAUGUGUUUUAAAUCUAGGUGUUAAUUGUUUGGGGGGUGAUACUGUAACAAUUAUGUGUGUUAAAUAAAAAUAGUGUGAAUUGGAUCACUCGGUCACAGCUGCUCAUCUCACACAUUCAGGAAAUAAGUUGAGACCACUACAAAUGACCUAUUUCUCCACCAAAAUGCAUUUCAGAGGCUCAUUCACACGUUAUACUCCUGAUGUUGUCAUAUUUAUGUUAACUAGAGUAACUUUGGUGACCCCCUCAUGUGCCGGACACCAUAAUGAGUAUUAUUUCUAACUCAUUUUGACAGCAGUGGCAGCAGGCCAGAGGAGCCUUCAUUCAUAUUCAAACACCUUUAAAGUACUGCAGGGCCAUGUCAGAGUGAGACAGCGAGAGAUAGAGAGAGAGAGAUAGAGAUAGAGAUAGAGAGAGAGAGAGAGAGAGAGAGAGAGAGAGCACCUGUUUGAGGUUGAAACUGUGUUGUAAUUGUCAUAGGAGAGUAUUUUACAACGUUUUAUCGUUGAAUUGGCACAAAAUAAAAGGCUCAGUUAGCAGCAGGUCAGUCAGCCCAGGAGGGAGGAUGUUGAUUUGCAGCCAUAAUAAUAUCCCACAUAUCGUAUGUAUGCACUGAGAGUGGCUAAAGGCAAUAAUGAGCACAUGUGCCCCGCAUAGAGAAAGCGCUGAACACAGAUAUACUCCACAAUAACAGUUUGCAGGUGGUCAGGCCUAGAUACAUGUUUAAGCUCUGUUUGUACUCGACAGUAAUCAGAGUGUUCUGUACUUAACCUCAUUGUGUGUAUAACACUGUCCUGCUGUUAUUACUCUCUAUAGUGUGUGAGCUUUGUUCAGGAGCAUCCAUGUGAGAGAUUGCAGCAGGUCAGUCGGUCUUGUUUGUUCAUCAGACUGAACCCCCCCCCCCCCCCCCAACAAUGGGCUUUUCCCACCUCUGCUUUGCUCUGUUGCAAAGACUUGUGGGACAGCAAACAUGCAGACAUCAGCCAAGCAUGAGAGCAGGUUUUCUACUCCAUUAGACUGGUUUUGUGGACGGCUCACAAAUGUGGGUAUCGAUUCGGCUCUUUCUUGAUGUGCUUGCUGUCCUUUCUGUAACCCCAACACAACAGUUUUUUCUUCACUUCUGUGCAGGAAGAGUAAAAAUAAAGUGCUGUUUUAACAGGCAGGUGAAGGCAGGAUGCGUGACAUGAAUUUUUCCCUUUGUGACACAUUAUUCUUAAAAGUGCUAAUCCUGACAAACCAACGUUGGUUUGUGAAGAUUGAGGAGCAAUGUUUGGUCAGUGCAACAAGAAAAAAAUAAACAUUUAAAGGAGGGGACAUGCUUGCAAUUUGAUUGGACUUCGAGUGUCUUAAAAUGUCUCAUUGGUAAAGGAAAUUAAGAAAUACAUAAAUUUAUCAAAAAUUAAACAUAAUCAAAUCCAAGACAUAAAUCUACAAAAAAGGAUUAGGGCCACAUGAAGAGAAAAAAAUGAUUACUGAAAUUUCAGAAAGGAGAUUAGAGUCGAAAUUUGGAGAUUAAAGUCAACAUUUUGAAAAAAAAAAAUAAAUAAAUAAAUUAUGACAAUAAAGUAGAAAUUUCGAGAUAAAUGUUGAAAUUUCCUGAUUAAAAUAAAUUAUAAUUUUGAGAUUAAAGUUGAAAUUUUGAGAUUUAAGUUGAAAUAAAUAAAGUCGAAAUUUCUACUUUUUAAAAUUUCGAUUUUAAUCUCAAAAUUUCGACUUUAUUUUGAAAUGAAAAUUUAUAAAAUCUCCCCCCUGCAAUUAUUUUUUUUAUCUUUAUGUGGCCCUAAUCUUCUUCCAUAUAAAUUAUCUAUAAUAAUCGAAUCUAAUAAUCAAGAUUCACAAACUAAAAUCUGAAGUUAUUGAUUCUCACGAAAGUUUUUAAGAAAAAAGCUGAAAUCAAAAUUGAAGACCAAGACUAACAUAAUGUCGUUUCAGUUAAACGUCACUGAAUUAAUUAGGAUCAGUGGAAUCAGCACUCUGUAAUUGCAUACGUCACACGCUAAAGCAAUGAAAUAAAUGAAGGAAAUAAAUGAACUGCUGUUUUCCUGGAUGAAGCCAGCGCUGGUCUGCCAAGAAAAAGAGCUUUAAAGUCCAGCUUGUGUCUCCUAAAUGCUUGUGACAGCAGACUCUUGGAUUAUUUACCACCUUUACGUCCUCUGCUAGGUUAGAGGUGUUUACAUUCUGUGUGAGUUUGCGUGUGUGUGACAGAAACAGGAGGUAGAGCGGUAGCAUAAAGGAGAGAGAAACAGGCAAAGGCAGAGUGAAAAAGAGAGACAAAGAGAGUUAAUCAAAUAAGUAAUGGACUGUAAAAAAGAGCUCAUAUAGAAAGUUCAAUCUGCUGUUUUUAAACGAACAGAAAGCUUGUUUUCUUGUUUUGAUUCACAGUUUUCAGCUAGCUUGCUUUGUGGGGAGUCAAAUUUGGAGUCAAUUUAGACACCAUCGAGUGGUCCAACAAGCACUCCGCAGUCAGAAUUGAUCAGUCCAUCCAGAAAUGGAAACUUCAAAUGAAACCCAAGUCUCCUCAGAGGGCUGAGAGCUGGAACAAAAAACUACAAAUCUUGUAUCAAAGAGCAGCGCUGCUUUGAUUUUUAAAAGAAUAUAAUCUUAAUAUGAGGACUGUUUGAUCUCUGCCAUCAUUCUUAGCGCCAGUACCGUAUCAUUUUCCAACACACACUCUUCUCGUUUUCAUGCACACACACAAACACACAUUGAUCCACUCUGUCACUUCAGUUAUCUCCCCUCUAACAUCUAAUGGCAGCAGCUGAAACUGUGAUUUUUUCUGAUCCCUCUCCUCUGAGUAAGUUGCUUUUAAGUCAUUUUCCUCCCUUCUUAGGAGGCUCUAGCCAACGUUCCCAGUAAGACGGAGAGGAUUUCGAACAUGAAACAUUUAAAAUUGGAUCUCUUUUAUUUUCAAUUAUUCAAGAAAACUGCUCUAUUUUUGCUACUUAGGAGGCUAAACUUUAAAGCUGAUCACCCCACAGACUGAAACUUUCCCUCCAACAUCCUGAACUGUGCUCUGGUUAAAUGUUCUAACAAACACAGCCUGCUACUUUUCUCAGUAACCCAGCUCAGAUUCGGCAUAUGACCGCCAUCUUAGGCCAAUAAUAGUGAAAACAUUAACAGUUAGUGUAUUAAGAAAUGAUGUUUGAUUUUAGGUCAACAAAAUGGCUCAUCCCUCAUAGAUUAAUUCAUACUUUAAGCUGUCUCGUUUUUGGAUUGUAUAUUUUACUCUAAACCUGAAGGCUAAAGUGAUAAUCAUUAUUUAUUUUUGAUUUGUUUUACUUGGACAAACUGUAACAAAGUCACUGAACCGAGAGAAGGCAAGAUCAUACUGUAAACAUGUAAAAUUAAGAAUUUGAUUGCAGUAGCCGAUGAAAUUUCAAAGCCAAACAUGUUUUUUUCUGAGACAGGACAGCGGUGCUAUCUUAUCUGGUCUUAUUUUCUGGUUUUAUAAUAUGAUAAACAGUUUUAAAGUUGUUUGUUAGGUUUGCGUGAAGGAAGUAAUGCAUUGUUCAAGUCGUAAAAAUUUCAUGAACAUGCAUUCGGAUUGAAAAAGGUUAUUUUACGAUGAUUUUGAAACAAAAUCAAAAUAUUUAUCAAAUCCUACUUGCAAGUCGAAGAUAUAUCCCUGGCACUUGGCUUCAUCAAUGGACUCUUUGGUUCUUUUUUAUGUUGUCUGUGCAUGGAAACAUAUGUUCAGUGUUAAAGGGAUAUUCCGGUGUAAAUUUAAGCCGCUUGUUUGUAGAGGAGCCCUGACGAGUCGAUCGUGGUAACUCUUCUGCCUUAGCGUCUCAGUCUGAUUGCAUUUCCAUGAAGUAAUAAUCAUAAAUGUUCUUGCUUGAGCUGCGAAACUCUGCUGCACUCGGUGAUUGACACAUCAGGGCUUCCCAAAAAACAAGCGGCUCCUAGAGGAGAGUGGGUGAUUUGUGUUUGGUCUCUUUGCUAAAGAAAUCAGGAAGAGCUAAAAAGAUGUUUGAUGGCGAGUACUAUGGCUGGGACCCUAUAUGUACUGUUGAUGAAGUUAGGUGCUGUUCUGAGCAUUAUUUGUGGCGUUUUGGUUGAGGUAUACGCAUGGAGAGGUAGAACGCUGUGUAUUGCUAACGUGCGGUUGUUGCUGAAGUUGGUAUGACUAGAGAAGCAAGUGGUCGGCAACAUUCAUCUCUCAAGGGGUAGUCUAACUCGGUGUUACGGUGUGUUUGACCAUAUUUUAAAGUUAAGCCCGAACAUCCCUUUAAAUUAGGAGACUCAAGCAAUUGUGAUACAGAGCGCACACACAAAGACAGGCACAUAGUAACUUUGCCAAAAGUUUAGCAGACUUCUAAGCCUGGAACUCCGCAGGCGUGGCUAAGUCAUUGCAGCUUGUCUGAAUGACUGAUAGCGUUGCAGCUGGUCCCAUCCAUUCAGCUGCGCUGUGUUAGUCUCUCUUAGUAGGAAGAUCUGGCCUUCUUUCAUCUCUUUUAUUUCCUCCAAAAGUGAUUUAGAAGCAGAGAACUGUUUGUUGGUGUGUUUUCUGUGUGCAUCUGUGUUUGGAUCAGAGGGACUUAUUCAGAUAAUCAAGAUGCCAUGUUUGAUUUUUGCCAGUUUGAGUAUUUCUAUAAUAAUACUGCAUAAUAUUAUUGGUUCAUGCACGUUCCUUCCUUCCUUCUCAACACUGCGGUGAAGAAAGGAUAGAUAUCGUAGUGUAUACUGUAGUUUGUGUUGCACAUCGUGAAUCAUCCCGCACUUCUCUGUGACUUUGGUGAAUGUGUGCAUCUUCAGGACGGGAUAGUCUUUCCACACUCGGAAGCCAUCGGCAAUCAGAUGUUGAGUGGUCUCAGCAUUAUCCGAGCCUUAGCAGACUGUUUAGAGUCAGCUCAAUCAAUGCCCAUCCAUCCACCUACUGCAAGAAAAGCACCACCUCCAGUUUAUUGGAGAAGGGCCCCCCGAGGAAGGGAGUUCACCAACGUGGCAGAAAAGUACUCUCGGUCACUGAAGGUUGAAUUUAAGCAAAGAUUACAGUCCUCACAGGGAUGUAUCAGCCAGGAGAAACCUUGGCGGACUGAAAAAACAACUGGUAUUCAGCGGAAUUGUAGUCUCUGUCAGAUCAGGACUGAGGACUCCGGAGGAGCAGUCGUGUAAUUCCCAAAAUUUGUGGUAGAUCUGAUUUCACAGAUUUAGGAUGUUGUGUUGCUCACAUAUCACUGCUUUAGGCAAGUGUGGAAAUGUUGGCUGCCGAAGCGUUUUAUAUAUUAUUUCUGCAUUAAUGAAGUUUCUUGUGGGAGAGGAACUAAUUAGCUCAUCUUUUAGAGGAGGGAAAGAAAAAGUGGCUCUUGCGGGACACUUGCUACGUAAAAUCAAUGAUGAUUUGUGCAACGGCUUCUCAAUUGGUGAUGAAGUGGGCGGCAUGCUGUUAGGCUUACUGUGCAUGACAGGGCUUGAUGGAUGGAGGACAAGAUAGAUGACCACACAUGGUGGUAGUGCCUGGAACAUCCCAGCACUGAUGCAUAUGUAAGGAAGCACCACAAGAAGUAUACACUAAAAACUAAAUAAUUAUAACGUAUAUUAAAAAUGUCAUAGUUAUGUCAAGAAUGGAAAAGUUUUUGCCACUUUUUAAGCAAAAAGUUUGGAUUCCAUGGCAAGCUUCAGACUCUGUUGGAAGUGAACAGUCUACUUUUCAGUGGGUGUAACGGCCUGCUUCAGUAAGGCACUCACAAGUCUAACCUGGAAAGGAGUAAAAGUAAAGCACAUGAGAAGACAGUGUUGCAGAGCAGAUCCUUGGAACGUUUUUCUCAUUCAUUAAACGCUAAAAUCUGAGACAUCUGGGGACAACUUGAACCGGGGACAGGUCAUCCAAAACGGGGACUGUCUUCUGAAAUCAGGUCACCUUACAGUUCCUUCUUGCUAACAAGGAGCUGAUGGUAGGUUGAGACUGAGAGCACUUGCAGCUUUCAUUAACCUCAGUCGGAUGUAUGUGGUUCAAGUGGUAUAUCAUUGGGGUCGUUGUCGUGUUGUAUUCUUAAUGACCAAUUAAUUGAUCAUUGAUUUGUCGUGCCCAUUCCUAGUAGAUGAAAGCAUGAGCUCUAUGAUUGAGCAACGCCUGAACACUUCUAACCAGCUCAUGAUGAUGGAACAUUCCCAAAUGUUGAAUCACAAAUAUGCUUAUCCCUUUGUGGUGACAAAAUAAUCCACGCUAACCUGAUGCCACUGCCAUUGGAUACAACGAUGAGAAAGUAACCGUGAUAAGCAGAUUCCUUCAUAAAUGUCCAGAUGAUGUUUCUGUAUUUUUUUAGGACUUAUCUGCUUUUUUCCAGACAAAUUCAGGACACCAAAAUCACCUUUUGUAGUGUCAUUUCUGAAUAAGAGCAAAUACAACCCCUGGUUUUCUGGAUCUCUGAUUCAGAUUCAGAUUUCAAUACUUAAGUAACUUAUCAUGGUUCCCGGAAAUUCAUAGCCUUGAGUUAGGAUCUUGAGUCUUUGUCUUGCAAACUGUAUCAUAGUAUUGGUCUUUUAUGCUAAUUGACACAAACUAUAAAACAGAGGGAGGCAAAGAAGAAGAAGCAGCAGCUGCUUGAGCUGGCUGUAGCAGCCCUCUCAGAGAAAACUGAUGAGAGGUAACGUGUCACUCCACCCUUUUAUCACUUUUACUCAAACUGUUUUUUUUUUUUUUUUUUGCCUAAUUUUCAAAUUUUAAUUUUCAAUUAUCUGUAUAUUCUGUGUAAAUUCUUAAAUUGGACACUGUGACAGCCCUACUUUAGUUGAAGCUGUACAGAUCAGAGAAUUCUGACUAUUUGAAGAAAGUUCAAAUGAGUCUCUGUGGACCUAACCACCAAAAAUAGGAUGAAAAAAAGACCUACUAAGAAAUCAUCAAAUAGAAACCCUGUGUUACUAGAACCACAUACCUCCUAACUAACACAGCUACUUGAGUUGAAGACUGUAAAAGAUUGCUAUAUCGUGUUUGUCUGAAGACAAGAUAAUGAGCAUUGCCUCUGGCAGUUCACAGCCUAUACAUCUUUCUGUAAGUCUAGCAGAGCAGCAUCUGCCCUGAGAGACCCUGGUGGUUCCUCAGCUUGUGUUUUUUAAGAGACCAUGAGGUUGAAACUAUGAUGAGUGAUUUUUGUGAACAGUUUCUUCUUGUACUGUCUUCUAAAGGUGGAUUUGUCUGAAGAGCACCUUGCUGACAUGAACUUUAUUUGGUAUGAUAUUUUAGUGCUGAUGAAUUGCAUCCUCAACAUUGCAGAAACUCCAGGCAGUUAAAAAAUAGAAAAAGUAGAAGAAAACCUUCUGCUCUCUUAGAUGUCUUCAGAUGGGUUCCCCCAUCUCUUCACAAAAGGGCUUUGUGUUAUUUUUACACUCUGAAAACUCUUCUUUACAGUUUGUGGAUAAAUACAUGACUCUCUCAGCUGUGGCUGUCUCGUCACUUUCUGCUUCUAUUUCCCUGCUUUUCUUUUCCCCACUUGAUCUACAGGAUAUAUUUAUAUUUACAAUAUUGUCAAUACUCCCAGUCCUCUGACUAUGGCAUUCCUCAUUUCUCAUUUUCUGUCCCAUUCCUGUUUCUGCUUCCUCUCAUCUUCUAUCCGCCUGAUAUGAUCAACCGAUUUCCAUUCCCUCCGUUCACUCUACUUUGCCUCGUGUCCCCUCUAUUAUACCCAGCUCCCCCUCUUUAUUUUCCCCUUUUCGACUCAUGAUGACUGCCUCUCCUUCGCAGGUAUUCCUUCCAGGAUGAGGAGGACAUGUUCAUGGUGGUGGACUUGCUCUUAGGCGGAGACCUGCGUUAUCACCUCCAGCAGAACGUCCACUUCUCAGAGAGCACGGUCAAGCUCUACGUCUGCGAGCUGGCCCUGGCUCUGGGAUACCUGCGCAGCAAGCGGAUCAUUCACAGGUGGGGUGUUUUCUCUCAUUUCCCCUCGCUCUGAAUCAUUUUCAGCUGGUCUAUUAUGUUCUGUUUUCUUUAAUAAUGCAAAUACUGGUUCACUGCUUCUUCUACCUACACAAAUAGCACAAAAGAAAUAUUCUUAAACUGGUUUCUGAAACACUCACCACCCCCAUUCACUCUCCCUCCUUGUUUUCCCACCAUCACAGUUUGAGCCAUAAGUACCCCAGUGUCCUUUUUCUCCUUGGCUGUCCACUUUAAUAAUAUUUUCUAAUAUGAAUGGUCCUCCACUGUGAAGAAAGGUCAGGCUGUCUUGACAUCAAGGUCCAACCUGACACAACAGUUUAUCCUGAGCUGCAGACCAUGGCCAUCAUGAAAUGCACCAAUUCUGUCAAUGCUGCUAUGUCAAUGCCUUAUUUAAUCUCCAGAACACAGGUUAAGUGCUUUUUAGGCAGAAAUAGCUGGCGAUAUGGCAGUGCCACAGACAAGCUAAGCCAAGAAAGACAUGGCUAUAGCCCAAUAUUAUUAUUUUAAGUUCUCAAAGUGACUCAGAGGGCUUUAGAUACCCUGAUGAAGCCAAUGAUGCUGCCAAAAUACAUUCUAUAUACUGACUCAGCUUAAAGUUAAAAACUGCUCCCUAAUCCUUUUUAUAUUUUGGCACACAAAACAAUUUUCCCUCAAUCAUAUGAGGGACCAUGCAGGUAAAAUACACAGCUAAAGGACGCCUCUUCAACACUAUAUGCACUCACUAAUUUUUAUUCCUGGAUAUUCUUCAACAGAGACAAACUGCAGUUCUUUACAGCCCUGAAAGUGAGCUAUUGUUGUUUUGAACAAGUGGGUCUAUAUAGAGUGGGAGUCUGAACAAAGCACAAGCAUCCCAUAAAUAACUGAAAUAUUUUCAGGGGAAAAAUGAGACAUUAAUUUAAAAACAAUCUUGUUUUAGAGACUUUUAUUUCCCAAGUGCUUUUGACACUACAAGCUUGAAACUACAGCGAGGUAAUAGCUAGGACCUCGUGAUGGACCAGGGUGUGACACAUUUCAGGGUUUUUCUCAUGAGUGUGAGGAGCAGCUGUCUCAGCCUUAUUUUCAAACUGCCUCAGGCUCCCAUCAACGUUGACGGGUGUUUCUAUGAGAGGAACUAUUAACCUAAGACAGCGCUUGGGGAAUUUGUCAUUUUUGACAGUAUUUAUGGCAAUAUGGAGGGGGUUCCUGUUCUGAUAUCUGUUCAGUACAUUAAAAAACCAGCUGAAAACUGUUUCCCCGGAACAGAAGUUUAAAGUUUGUGUUUUUCUUCUGCAGGUAAGGUUUGUUCCUCCUACAACACUCAUGCAUGCACUGAUGUUUGUAUUCAGUACAUGCUGCUUACUUAUUAUUUAUUACAAAAAGACAUGCUGAUAACAAAACUACUAUUGUUCCAGACACAAUAAUCUUUGAAUCCCACUUUUUCUUCUUUAACACUAUAAUACUUGGCUGUUCAUUCAUUCCAGUCUCUUUAUUUUCUUGAUCUAUGUGAAGAUAUUUUUCACUGAAGUCGGCACAGUCUGCGAUAAAUCACGACUCUAUUAAUGUUCUGUGGAAACUGGAUAUAAAAAAAGUACAAUAAAACUCACCAUGUUAGCUUCUGAGUAAGGUAUUAGGAUAUAUUUUCUUAACUCUCUUAGUUUGCAAAGGCUUUUACUUCAAAUCUCCACUAGACAAUCAGUUCAUCAUUCAGUUACCUCAUCUUUUAUGAUAGUUGGAGCGGUUCUGUGCCGUCGAUUCUCUUCGAAAGGUCAAGAAAUGAUAAUGGCGCUUUUUAAUUAAGCAAAGACCACAGUCUUUUUAACCUUAAUCAAAUGCAUGGAGCUGCCCUGAUGAAAACAUUCAUCAUGCUUACGCCAGCAGGAGCACGCACCAGGGAGGAGGGAAAUCAAAAACACAAAUUUUCUAUUUAUGGAGGCAACAAUACUUGGGAUUCUUGUAACGAAUUUGUGUAAAUUACAGUUGUAGAAGCUUUGACAACACUUUUGGAAGAUUAUAGAUAGAGAAAAAGAAAAACACUUAAAACUAUGAUGGAUUUGCGUCCCUUUUUAUCUCUUCUGUGAACUCUUUUGACUCCAGACAUGCACAUACUUCUGGCACGGAUCAUUAGAGCCCCGGCGGCAUCCAUCUCUAAAGUGUCUAUUUUCCGUCCACUGGCUCAUACCUACUCCUCCACACUGGUGAAUGAGCAAAGAGGUAAACAUAGAAAGAGAGGCCGUCUCAGAUCAUGACUAAUAGGAAACAUCACUGCAGCAGAGAGGACUCAUUUAUCAACACCCCCAGAUAACAAAUUACGCUAUUUAACAUAAAGCACACCACUUGCUCCUGUCCACCGUAAAAAAAAUAAAAGAGCAAGAGGGAAAUAUAUGAGACUCGUUAUUAAUUUUCCUUUUCAUUCUGUCCAUUGAGGGAUAUGAAUAUGUAAAUCAUGUUUUCUGUUUCUGCGCUCAAAAGGAACAGACUUGCCACUUGAUGCGCAGGUGUUGGAGGCGUUUGUUUAGAUAGAAUCAACAUCUUUUCAAUCUGCAUUCAUUACGUUCAGAUAGGAAGAGGAGCUGAAAGUAACUCGCAGCUCAUCUCUAUGGAAAUUGAAUAUAUAAUUUCCUGCUCAGAUGUUGACGUGUUGACUUGUUACAGCCAGUGAUGUGUUUGUGUUUAUGUACAAGGUGCCAAUACCGGAUAUACGCGCUCGCCUUCCUUUGGUCUGUGAUUAUUUUGAUGAUAAUGAAGGGUGUAAUGAUGAUAAUGACAUAAGUGACAUGCGACAUGAUGAUACAGUAAUUAUGUUGUUUGUAAGUUUGAUCUAUGACGCCAAUGACUUUAAAAGUACAGCAGAAGUUCGCCUCAACGUGAUGGCUGGAUGUCCGUGUUAGAUACACUGAGGUAGCUUCAUUCAACCGUGAAGUUUCACUGGGAAGUUAAAGUCGAGAACUGGAGACAAGCUAUAACAAACCAGUUACUCAACACAAAAAUGUCUACUUUAUUAUAAAGUUUGGCAGUUUGUGUUGCUAACAACUAGAGCUGUGACCAACCAAAGAAACUCGACUAAAACCCUGAAAUUUUCAACCAAAAAUAGACUAAUCAAGGGGGAUUUUUCCGACUGUGACAGCAAACCCCUCUGCGGCGCGGGAUGACGUGGCUCGGCGGGGUGAAAAUAAACUGAUAUCAGCACAAGAAGGUAAUUAAAAAUGAAUAUUCAGCAAACCACUGGACCUUGAUUAACGUGGACGCUCUUCAAUCUUCCCAUCUCUAGUGGGUUUGGUGAAUCCAAAAUGGUAAAAACAAGGGGGGUGUUCUGAAACAGGCUGUUUCCUGUGAAACUGGGUGCUCUGAAAACACCCCAAUUAGCAAUUGGUACAUCCCUCCUGGUAAAAUUAACCAUAGGCUGUAAAUUGACGUGCAAAAAAAUCGAGUCGACCAAUCAGAAUUGUGGUCAACUCAGCACGUAUCGACCUACAAGUCGACUAGCCCACUCAGACUUUACAGACCUACUAACAACAUUCAUUUUAGAAUAUUGGGGGGUUUGUGGAGUGAUAGAAGACCUUUUCAGUUAUCUGCAGUCAGAAAUAAAAUUAAAUCGUCUUUGAGUAAUUUGGAAAUAACCAAAAAAUGGAUUUGGUGUGGAGGUCUUGCAUCUUAGGGAGUUUUCUCUCCAUCUGUAGCUAUAUUAGGAAUUACAUUAACGGAGGUGAACACAACAGAAAUGGAAAACAUAAAUCUCAGAGGGGAGAGGAUGGAGCAGAAGCGAGGUCAACAAGGUUCAGCUAACCUUGACAGAGCGUGGAUGGAAAAUUCAGGAGGUAGUCUCUGAACUUUAAAUAUAGUGCAAGGUGUGUAGAGUAUUUCACUAUGCACAGAGACGGAUAGUACUAAAGCCUCAAAAGACUAUCUUGAUACAGCUUAGAAUAAUUAUCUGGUAAAAUUUUGUAUGAACAUUAUGAUGUAUUUUCACUUUUAGGGAUCAGACAGAGAAUAUGAUGAACCUCAGAGGUGUCAGAUAUCGAGGUCAACCUUCUUCAGGCAUGUUUUGUCCAUGUUUUUAACCCUCAGCUCUCUCAGGGGUUUAAAUUAUUAACAUCAGACUGAGUCUCAAUUAGAUGACCUCCUCAGAGGCUUGAUGGGUCUCUCUAAACAAGUGGAAAGACAAAUGGCAAGUGUGUGACAGUGGAAGGCAUGUGUGCGUGUGUGUGUGUGAGAGAGAAAUCCUCAUCACAACCUCUUUGACAUCAACAACAACAACAACAACAAUCUCAGUCUGAAUCCUCAGGUGCAUUUCGUUGCCUCCUGAAAUCUUGGUAAUGGAAAGGCUGCAUGAUGUCAGCCAGCAGACGCUCUUAAUGAGUCUUUAUGCCUCUGUGUUUCACUCAGAAACCACACCGCCCAUUAAAGUGGUUAAGGGGUUAAUUGACGAAUGAUUGAUGAAUGUAGAGAGACUUGAAACCGCAGAGACGGAAGUCCAUUAAGUAAGUCAUGACUGUAGACGGGAACAUAAAUAAUACACAUAUUUAUGUCGUAGGACAAGGACUUCAAUCAUCAGAAUUUGCCUGUUUUAUAAAACUGAUCCUCCGUAAGUAAUAGAAAAGUAAAUUGUUGUACAAAAUCUUUUUAUUUUUAUCAUGACUUAUCAAUCAGGCUGUUGAUUUCCAGUUUAAAAAUGAAUAGUAGGACCUGGUGAGAUGUGCUUCUAUACUGACUGUCUGACUGGGGAUGCCAGGAUAGGUUCAGUCAAAUUCAGAGUGCAUUAAUCUAAAGAAUUAAGUCUUAUUUAGAGGCGGUUAAGUGAUGCAACAGUAUUUCACCACAGCUGAAAAUAGUCCCUAAAAAAAGAGACUGAUUCGAUGUACAGUAGGUGAUUUCAAAGAAACUCUUCUUUCAGGCUGAGUCGUGUUACGACGAUUCGGGUAAUGCACCUUACAAGACACGAGGGGUGGGAGAAAAAAAUCAAUACAGCAUAGUAUCGCGAUAUUUUGUCUGGUGAUCUAUCGUAUCGUCUCGUUUACUAAGUAUCAAUUUUUUUCAAAUCAAUUGCCAUGAAGUCGAAUCUCUGAUAGUGGAAAAAUAAAAUCAACUGUUUGUCCAGUGAAGUUGGCGGAGGCGACAUCAUACAGCAGGAGAAAGUUAGUACAACAAAUAAAUAUAUAUAUAUAAGGUUUACAAGAUGUCCUACAUGAAAAUAGAAUACUGUGUAAAUAAGACGAACAUAAAGGAAAGACAAAUGCUAAAUUAGCUAAACAGUUGAAAAAAUUUUAUAAAUCGCAAUAUAUUGUAUUGCAAUACUCACUGUAUUGCAAAAUGUUAAAAAUCGCAAUAUUAUUGUAUCGUGGCCCAAGUAUCGUGAAUGGCCUCUAGCUGUUAUACCUUUAAAAUGGAUGACUUACUGGACUUAUUUUUGCACCAGAAUGAUGGAUAUUUUAAUAUGCAGGAAGUCAGCCUCAAUUGUGUGCAGGAAGAACAUUUUUUUUUUCUUUUUUCCAUCUGUGUAUUGAGCUCCUUUUCAAGAUUGCCAUUUGUUAAAUGCUGUCUACUAUACUGAGAGGCAUUUCCAUCUUAAGCUGAGUGAGUUUAAGUCCUGUCAUGGAAGUUAGAAAGUUUACUGAGACUGAAAGUGCUCAGAGGCGGACUUCGACUUUGUCAGGGUCUUUUUUUAUUUUAUUUUUUUAACUCUCCAUGGAAAUUGUCCACUCUGUUUAUCCAGAUUAUGUAUCUCAUCAAAUUAACUGAAGCAUGGAGAGACCCAGCUGUUGCAGCACCAAUCGAAUUUCAGCCGAGGACUCUCUUUUGCGAGCUAUGAUCCCCCUCUUUGCUCUCCCUCUCUCUCUCCCUCUCCCGACACAAAUGCACAGUAUACACUCACAGCCUUCCUUCACCUUAUAAUCUCUCUUAUUACCACUCUGCCCUUUUCCCUCGUGUGCUAUUUUCUCUAUCUGCAGUACUUUUAUUUCUUUCCAAUGCUCCUCUCUCCCUCAUUCAAACUUCUUGGUCUUAGUUCUGUAGGAUCUGUCUUUCUCUCUGGGGAAGUGACGCAAGACAUGGCUCUGCUUCAAAUAGUUUAUUUGCUCCUUCAUCCUGCUCUCCUCUAGAGGUUUUCUGCCAAGCUGCCAAAAGGGAAUAUGGUCUUAAUUCACCUUUCUGGUUAAUUGAAGGUGAACAGUCUCAGCUUGUGGAUGGUUCUUGGAAUAAAGAGAGAUAAAAAUCCAGUCCUGCAGAUUGCACAGAGGAAAGCAGAGACAUUGCCCCAAGUUUCCAUCAGCUCCUAGAAAUGGAGAAGCGUUUGUCAUGUCUUCAAGUGAACUAUUUUUUAUUCAUGGAGUGUUAAUGUUUUAUUUUCCUGCAGCAGAAGAGAAAGGAGAACCAGGGAAGAAGGAGGGAAGGGGGGUAUUACUCGCUCAUAUUUCAUAAAUACAGAUUAAGGUAGCGCAGUCCGUGCCAGCGCUUUCGAUUUUUCAAGCAUUAUCUUAGUCAGAAAUCUCCCUCAAGUCACAGCAGCAGAUUGGACAAUUGGUAGGAGGUUUUUCACUUUGAACGUGAUAAAAUGUUUACCAGCUCGUCUGCUCCAAAAAAACAUCACUAAUUGCCUGCUUGUGCGUCUGACUCACGUGUCUGCCUGUAGGACAAAGAAGAGAGACUUUGGCAGAAAAGCAGACGGGGGAGACAGAAAGACGGAGCCAGGGUGGAGAGAGCGUACAUUUUUUUGUGCAACACCCUUUGAAUGUUUCUGACUCAGUGAAUUAUUCAUCACUGGUAAUUGUGAUGUGAGCUUUGGCCUUGGCUUUUUAGUGCCGACUCGCUGCUUUCGGCACUCUCCCCUCCCCAAAAAAUUUCAGCUCCGAGUUGGACUGGAGACCUGUCAUGCCUGACUUUUGUCAAGCUGACACACUUGGUACGUGUUAAUGAAUUAGAAAUGAACAUCUCUCAGCUCUGGAGUUGCUACUAUCUCACACACAAACACAGUAUAUAUACUGUGAUUCCCCAUGAGCGUGAACAUGGCGACAAACAGACACACACGUGUACACCUGUGCCACCGUCACACUUGUCAGAGCUGCUUUUCUUUAGCAGAGAGAAGAAAGCGUGAGUGAGGCACGCAGCAGUUUGCAGGGUGGGAGUUGUUAGCCUCUGUGGGUCUAGUUGGGCUUUCAAUUCACGUUCAAAGGCAGCGGCUGUCUGACUCGCUCUCCCAUGGCUGGUGGGCGUAGGUACUUAGAACUAAGGGAUCCUGACACCGUGUGCAUCUGUGAGAGUGUGCGUAUCCCUGCGCACAAACCGUAUCAGUGUGUUUGUGUGUUUAUGUGCUUGUUUGGAGUGUGAGAUGGAGCUGAAGCUGCAGGCUUUCUGGGGCCACCUCAGCUCCUCCAACUUUGCUUUGUGACACAGAGGGAGAGGCACGAUCUCAAACAGCUCUGUGCUUUUUUAUUCUGGAGUGGAGCACUGAGCUACUGAGGCAGCAGAGCCGUGAAAGAGGCUCUGAUUAAACCGCCGGCAAUCUGAGCCCAGAAAACCCGUAACACUUUCCUCUGUGGCAGAUAUGAAUUCUGUAAAAAAUUAAAGUUGUACUCUAAUGAAUUAAAGGGCUUUAAUGACUGAGAACAACCCAUUCAUAUUUCAUUCUGACCCAGAAAAGUGUCAGACAUAAUAUAACUAGGGUUGGGUAUGAAAACUUCAAACUUGGUUAACAAAUUAGUUAGUUGACCUAACUGUGUUAGCGCCCCCAAUAUGCUGGGGUCCUAAUAAAUAACUUCAAAAUAGAAUUAUUAAUGUGAACCAACAAUAAUGUUCAUUUUUUGUGUCUGAGGUGUAGUGGAGCCACCUGCCAUUGGCUGCAGCUGUGCAAAAGUUUAAUGACUACCACCAAACUGCUAUGAUGCUCCACGACCACGACGCAAAAAGGCACAGAUGACAUCAAAUAGCCUAGUGUGUAGGAAACUUGAGAACUGGUUUUGUUCUCACGAAACAACGUAUACAUUGAAUUAAGUCAUGUCAUGGUAAAUACAUCGAUAGUUGACUGUCUGAUACCUGGCAGCUAACAGGUAAAGGGUUGGGCAUCAAGUCUUGAGCAUCGAUGGGAACCGGGACUACUGUUACGAUAAAGAAUAAAGAAUUACGCAUUACGAUUCUCCUUGAACCAUUCAAAUAUGUUAUCAAUUUUUUAUCGAUUCCAAGUUUCAAUGCAGAGUCCGUUGACCGGGAGAAAUAGCCACUAUGUUGAUGGAAACAGCUGCUGAAUACCAACGAAGAAGAAGAAGCCACCGAACAACAACAAAGAAGGACCUGCCGAAAUCUAGGAGAAGGGGAAGCCACAGGGCGUGUGUGUGGGCAGUGCAACCCACAGCGGCGGUCAAAGUUUAAACUUUAGCAGGAAGAAUGAACCGUCAUCUCAGUGCAACAUUUGCAACACAGUUAUGUCGUGUUAUGUCGUGCACAACCAACAUGAUUAAACACCGCCGGAUUCAUGGAAUAGAAAUAACUGAGUGAAACAAUAAACUACGUAUUAAUUUUUACCAUUGCUCAAGGCGGAGGACAAAACUUCUCCUCAAACAAGUUGAUCAGUCCACUCCUACCAUCAUGAUUAAACCUCUGGAAGAAGAAUAUCAUGUUACCUACGCUGAUGCAGAGAUUCAGGUUUGAUGACAUUAUCUUCAACUCUUCUAUAAUCAGAGCCUGCAGGUUGAUACUGGGGAAAUGGAGGGGUUGAAAGUUUGAGUGCAGCACUGGUGCAGAGCAGCGCUGGUGCAUGCCAAAUGUGAAUUCCCACUACACCCAGACUACCUUGCAGGCUUAGCUCCACUGAAAGAUAUCUAUCGCACAGGUUUUCUGUGAUUAAAUCUUGUUAAAAACGUGAUUCUCAAAGUUAAGAGUUCGCUAUGUGUUUUCUUAACUUAAUACUUCAGAGUCAGAACUGAAGUUUAUCAAAUUUUAGACUUUUUAAACUUUCUGUUAAAAAAAUAAAACAUUUUCUUUGACUUUUUCGAUUGUUUCUAUUGAAUCUGUUUAACAGUGAAUUUAAUGUAAAAAAUAAAAUAAAUUAUGAAAACAUGGUUCGAACCUUGGAACCAAAUACUAUCUAUCUAACUAGUUUAAUAUCUAAACUAGUAUUUAUCAUAUAGUAAAAAUAUGUUUUAUGCUUUUUAGGGCUGUUUAAUUGUUUUGCAUUUCAAACAGUUUCCAGUCCACAUUAACGAUGUGAAGCAAUUCUUACCAAUUUCUUGUAAUAAGAGCAACAGCGAUCGUGUCAUUUUCCACUGGAGGAAAUUCAUUCAAUUCUGAAAUGUAAGACUUAAGUGUGCCUAGUUAAGUUGACUGAGCUGUGUGCAUUUGUGUGUUAUUUAUGAUUACAUAUAGACAUGCAUAAAUACACAAAUACACUCAUGUUUGUGUGUGUCUGAACUGGAAGCAGGAGAGAUGGUGGAAAUAAACAAACUGACAUCAGUCUGAUUCGCUGCACCCACAUGCUUCGCUUGAAGGCGGCCGCUCCGAGUCAAAAAACAUCAGUGAUAUUUUAAAUCUGUUCGGGACAAAGUGCAGAUUUCUGGUUAAUUGUGGACUGAGCUGUCAGGGAGUUUUCUAAAGUUACAUGUGACAUUAACUUUAAAUCAUGGUAGCAGCCAGAGGCAGGAAGAUGAAUAGGAUUAAAAUAAAUUAUGUGCUUAUUUUGGGCCUUAACCAAAUUGGGAUUAAUGUGAUAACACUGACAGCCGUGGAUUUUUUUUUCCUCAGUUUUCUCAUGCAGCUAAGCGUAAAUCAAUAAAACUGAAAAGACUAAUAUUUCCUGUACUUUGUGUUUCUCAGAUAGGCCAUUAAAAAUCAAGAGGUUCUGGUACCUGUCCCCAAAUUCAGAAAUUAUUUCAUUAAAAUCUUUGUCCUUCAUGUCCCUGAGGUAAAGCAGGGUUUGCAUGUUUUCUACUGUUAAUGGUGUGGGUGUUUUGGGGACAGGCAGACUGUGGGUUAGUGUUUUUGUAACCUGAUGUAAUUAAUUGAUAAUUUGUCUCUAUUUUUAGAUCUAUUCCGGGAAAAUCCCCAGAGAUCUAAUGGUGGAAACAUUGCGUGUUUGAGUGUGGACAUGUUCUGUCAUAAGCUCUCUAAAUGAUUUGAGUGUAUUACUGUGUGGUUGCAUGACGUGUGUAAGUGUGUGUGUGUGUUUGAGCCUCAUUUCUCAGGUGUGUUGUCCUACUCCAGUGUCAGGAAAGUAUCAUAUGUCCAGGUACAGGGUUCAGUUACCCCUGUGCCUCUGAUAGCAGGCUGUAAUGAGGCCAUUAGAUCCUGCUAAUAGCUUGUAGGAUCAGUCAACCGAGAGAAAAGCCGAGGGGAUCGGCUUACACUCAGCUUUACUGCCCCUCUGUCUCCCUCCUCGCUCGCAAGUCCCCAAAUUUUAACCACCAGUCUCUCCAUUUUCUGCUGCUCACUUCUCUCCUUUCACCCUACUCGCUCAAUUUACCCCCAGCUCUCUCUAUCCCUGUCCCCACUUCUCCCUCUAAUCCAAGCCGUCUGAUUGGCUCCCCACUAAUCUCCUCACUUUAUCCAGAACUGCACCGUACAUUCUGUUUUUCUCACAUUGUUCUCAUGCUAAUUUUUUUUAUAGUUAUUUAUCUGCCUUGCUCAAUUCAUACACAAGUCAUAAGACGCUCUGCAGAAGGGUGCGAUUUAUUUAACGUGUAGGAUGUAAUGAGGGCAACACAGCGGGCAGCUCAAUAUCAUUUAUUAUCGAUUAUCAUAUUUUUAUGAUCCUGGAGAGCCAAAAUCAUAAUUGGUAUUAAAAUCUGAUUUACUGCCCAGCUCUAACUUACAUCCACCUUUUGCUGUGUCAUCACUAAAAGCAUCCUGUUCAAAGUGUUUAAUACUUGCAGAUGGUUCUGGUGUCAGCCGGCCAAACUGUCCCGUCCUCACACAGCAGUGCUGCGACCGGGCUGCAGCAGACCCAUCUGUUUAGUAUAUAUUCUGUAUAACACUUACUCCGGUUAAUAAAUACAGGAGAAACUACUAAAGUAUUAUCACACAAGUCUUAAUAUUUGACUCAAGCAAUGAACAGUUAGUGGUAUCAUUAAAAACCUUCAGUUAAAUCAGUUAUGCAUAUUUAAAGUCACUUUAUUUGAUACACACCGUAUGUAAGAAAGAAUUGACUUGAGUGGAGAAACACUCAAGCUGAAGAGUUCCCUCAGACGUCUUCAGAAGAUUGUUGUUGAACAGGUUUUUAAUGUUUUUUUAAUAGCUAUUAUCAAAUCUCAGCCCUCCUGCUGCUCUGAUGAACGUAGGGUAAACAAAAGUCUCCCGAUAAAACAAGGAAAGGAAAAUAUCCCGUGAAUAUUAGCUCUGCUCUUUCCCCAGACAUCAUCAUCAUCAUAACAGAACUGUCUGACCUACUUUAGAUUAGGACUUUGUUUUGAUAGAAGGACUUUAGCCGGUAAUUACUGGGUAAUUCUUUUAUGUCAGCUACUGGGAAAGGCAAAUAGAAUUAAAUUCAUGGAUCAUUUAAUUGAAUACAACUGAGAAGCCGAGCAUUGAUUGUGACUGUUGGAAUAGGCUUUGUACGUCUCUGAGGUUCAUAAAAUAUUUAUGAUUUUGGUGCAAAACGGCUAUUUAUACAGAGCCUGUCUGAGACCGAUGCUUUCAUUUACUGUCUGAGUUAAUAAAUCUGUGAUUUAGUAUCUUUUUAAAUCCCCAGUGCUUCUUUUAUUAAAGACACUAAAUCCAAACUUUGUUUUCACAGUAUACCAUAUAUACUACAUCUUUACACGUUCAAAUGAGGACGAUUUAAAGAAAAAAUAAAACAGACCUUUUUCUUGAUAUCAUGAUGUGCAAUUUAUAAAAAGUGGUAUAUUGUCGAAUUUAGUGACAGAAUUUAAGGGUUUGGGGUAAAAACUAAUGUGUACGUAUAUUAAUUGCUUGUUAAAUGUUAUUUUACGAAGAACUUGGAAAUUCACACAAGGAUCACUAAUUAAAAAAUCUUGAAGGACAUCAUGCAAACCAAAACCGACCCAAAGAUUAAUAACAUUAUCCCACUGGUAAGAGUGUUACUGGAGCUAACAAGAAAACUAAAAGCAGCUUGUGCUUAAAAAGUUCCAGUGAAUUUUCCUGUGAGCAUAAAAGCUCUGAUCUAUUAAAAUAUGCACUGAAAUAGGGCUGGGCGAUAAACUGAAAAUUUACAGAUACCGAAAUUUACUACAAUAACCAAUGUCAUUUUGCCCAUAUCGGUAUUUUCAGUGUCAAAAAAAUAAAAAGAUAAAAGUUGGAUUUGGAUGUUGUAGGUAGGCUAUGGUCUCAUGUCCCUUUAAGAUGCUGUUCUACAUCAGAGACGUGACUCCACCCCAUCCAGUGUGUAACAAAGAAGGAAAGACAGGUGAGGAGAUGGAGGACUGUUCAAAAGUUGUAGCGGCUGAAGUAGACAAAGUUAAUGUGGGAGGGGGUGAGCAGCUUGUGGAGUAGUUAUCGUCCAUUUAUCAUUAUCGAGGUGAACUGCUCAAUAUAUAUCAUGAUAUUGAUUUGAGGCCAUAUCGCCCAGCCCUACACUGAAAUAAGAAUUAGCUGUCCUGCAAUAUUUAAGGAUGAAAUGCUGCUACAAGCAUGUAAAAAUACUUAAUUUUAUCAGUGUUAUUUUUCAUUUUACGAGUUAGGAGGUGCUUUACUAUAUGACGAUGACUGGUUAGGAAACUUAAGUAAAGUUUUGAGUAUCAAAGCACAACAAAGUUGAGGCCACUAUUCCUUUGAAAACAUUAAAAUUUAAGAUCACAGACAUUGAAUUGGUUUGUUAAGUGAGGCUGAUGUUAGCUGAGCUAGCCCUCAGUUCUCCAUACUGAUUAAAUUCCAUACGCCUCUGCUGGUUACUCUAAUUUAGUGCUUAUAUGUCAGUUUAACUAAAAACAGCCUUGAUACAACAUUAUCUCUUUUUGUUAUUCAGACAAAAUGUGCAACUGCCCGUUUUUUCAUGUCAUUUGCCAUUUCGUCUUCAGCUGCUAGUGUCCAAGCCUUGUUUAUGAGUACUGUUGAGUGAAUACAGCGUUCAGGGAGGCUUUUUGAGUAUUAUAACAAAUGUUAAGUUGUCGUAGUUCCUGAACGGUUGUGGUUACAUCAUCAUCAUCAUCAUCAUCAUCAUCAUCAUCAUCGUUUGGCCAGCAGCUUGGCUUUUCCUCCUAAUAGUCCUCACUGUUUGGUUUAUCCCUGAGCUGCUCGUAUCGGCCCCUCGUUGUCCUCUGGCUUAACAAUGGCAGCGUGGCCUUUAGUUAUAAAAGACACUUCCUUGUUCUUGCCUAAUGCUUCCUUUUUCAGCAGCAACACAUGCCGCUCUUCUCUCCACCGGAUACCGGCCUUUGAGGAAAAUGUCAGCUAAUUAAGGGUUACAUGAUCGACCUUUCCCACCCACCCCCACCUGAGCCACUGGUGACACUGGUUGUUUUUCUAAGACACACAUAAGCAUGCGUAGGCAGGGACACACAAAACACAGGUCAGUGUGGCCUUUGAUAUGCUAAUUCUGCUGGACUCCUACAGGGCAGGGGAGUUAGAGGAGGCGCUAGCUGUCUGACACAAAGGAUGCACAACCAUUUCAGCUGUCAAAUAAGACGGCUAUAAAUAAGAUAUAUGAAGAAUAUAUAGAUACAGUCAUCAUAUUGUUGUAUUUCACUAACACAAUUGUCCUCUUGGAUAUCCCAGUGUCCUUCAAGUCUUAGUCCUGGAACUACACCGGUUUCCUGUCAUUUUAAAAUAUGCAUGCUUUAUUUUUUUGUCCUUAAACAGAAGGACGUAUUUAAUUCAGUCCCUAACUCACUUAAAAAGACAGUCACCUGGGGGAUGUAACAGGAGACUGUUCAGUAAAUGUGAUAUUUUCUCAAACAGCAGGGGGCACUUGUUGCCUUAAAUCAAUAAGUGUUUAAUUUCAUGAUGAUGUGGCUGAUUAUUAGAGGUGUUAACACUGUAUAAAAUGGUCUCUGGGACAUCAUCCAUUGGCCCCUGAAGUUUUGAAGCCUUUUGACAGCGACCACAUUGGAAAUGCUACCUCAACCUAACUUUAAGUCGACUUAAUACCGGGCAAAGAGGUGGAGUCAAGGCAGGCUUUUAAGACCCACUCCAAUGAAAAUCAUGUUUUUCUUGUUUUUUAUAUGUUCAUAUGGCAACAAGCAUAUGCGUUAGCCGAUUGCAAUGCUCGUAAGAAAGCUAAUUAUGAUAUUAACUUUCAUCAUGUACCGAAAGACAUUAGUCUCUGAGAGCUGAAUAGCUCCUAUGUUACCUGCUACUUCUACUACACCAGCAAUGUUAGGCCGCCCACGACUCAGAGGUGAUGAUCUACUGGAGCUCUGCAGACAGAAAGCCCUUGAAAAUGACACAGGUAACAUGAUCUUAGGUAAAAACUUUAUAAUCACGAUUUGAAGACAACUGAGAACACUUUAAGUAGUAAAAAAAUGAUUGGAGUGGGACUUUUGAGUUAAACCCUUUUGAGUUAUCUAAGUGGCUUUUGGUGCUUUUGCAGCGGACAAGGAACUAAACUUUUUAGCACUUCAUUUUUAAGACUGAACAAAGGUGGCACAUGAAGAUCUUGCAGUUAAGGAUUCACCACCAGUGUUUCCCACACAUAGACAACACAAGAAUAUCCAUCAACUGUUUUGGAGAUUGUUUUUUUUUAUUAUUUUUAUUCAUGGAGCUAAAUAUUGAUACCUCCUCUGAUAAACCAAAUUUGUCCCUGUUGAUGGGCUUUCUUGGCUGUUUCUAUUUACUCCCACAACUCUACGAUCAUGCCAAGGUACCUUUUUUAUCCCUCAAAAUAAAUGGUUGUUAUCAAAACAGGAAAAUUAACACAGGGAUGUUGAAUUGAAGCAGUAGAACAGUAAGGUGGAGCUUUGCAAAGACAAGUACUUCCCUGAAGCUUGAAUAUAAACUGGGGAACUUAAACCCUAAAAAAAAAAAAAAAACCACAAUAAUUGUAUCCUGACAUCACCAUUAAUCGCUGAAAUCCCCUGAUGGAGCUUUAUAAACACUCUUGAGUGAGCACUAAUGACAAUCAUCUCUCCUUCAACAUCCCUGUUAAUGUAAUUCCUGCAAUCAGUUCUUGUAAACGACUACCACUGCAAACGUCUCCGUUCUGUAAUGUUGAACUUCAGGGUGUGGUAGAUCUCCACAUGAGUGCUGCAUUUGAUCGCUGAGCACAAAUGAAACAUUUGAGAAGGGCUCUGAAUAUUGAAUAACGUCUCUCCAGUUCAAAGCAAUUUUUUAAGCGCUGUGGGAGAACGCUCCAGAGACGAGAGAACAGAGAGAAGCUGAGGACACUCUGUACCCUCCACUCCACUUAUUCAGGCUGCAGCGACACACACAGGCACUGAGAACCGGACUGUUGAGAUGAUACAACACCUCAAAUGUGUGGCUGUGGCUCUGAUUCUGCAUUCAAGUCAAAUCAAAAGCUUAGAAAGAUAAAACUGACGGUAUGAAGGACACAGGAUGAUGUGUGAUAAUGACAGAGGAGAGGGGGAACAAUGCUGCUUCAAGCUGAAAUCAACAACUAGAGGGAACAUCACUGAGAAUUGAUGUCAUCAGGGACCUUGUUUUUGUUUCACUAGUGCUUUCUGAUAAUUUACUGUGAAUGCUUCAGCGGAUUGCGGAGUAUUUAUAAGCACAUCUUUCAUGAAAAGCAUUCAUCAACUAAUGAGUGAAAUCAGCUCAAUGAAAAAUGUCGUAGCGUCUGAACAUGACAUGAUAAAUGUUACUCUGUCAAAAAACGACAGGAACAAAAGGCAUCAGUACACCUCCAGGGCUGAGUAAUGACUCAUUUUCCUCAACAUAAAAAGGCAUUGAUCUGAUAUUUUCACUGGGCAACGUAAAGAAAUCAAGGUGACAUUUGGAACUAAUGAAACUGCGCUGACGUGAAAAUAAAGUUUGUCACUAACUUAGUGCUUCUGAGAAUGUUUACAAGUUUGAGUUGCUUUCCAACACCUUUUGGAUUAAAGCGGUGUCCGAGAUAAAGAAAACUCUAAACGCCGAACAACAAUCGUCUACUUAAAAUCUGAAGGAAAACAAAAAAGACAAAGAGAAGCAUUGCAGUGGCCAGUGGCUCAGCAAGUCUCCACCUGUUCCUCUUCUCAGGUGUCUCAGCUACUCCCACAGAUUAACCUGCUGUCCCCUUUAACCCUUCAAAAGUAUUAGAUCUUCAUCUGUUUCCCACACUAUUUACUUUACAGUGUUGGAGCUUAUUACGGUAUUACAUGACUGUUUUUUAGCGUCAGUUAACCCAAAUGAUUUGACACAACAGUGAGUCAGCCUAUUGUACGUUUUACAUCCUGGAAGUUCGUACGGUUGAUAAUCUGUGCAAACAUUUCUGAGUAUUACUCUGGAACACUGGGUAGUAUGUAUUGUUGUGUCUACGUCAGAAAAACUGGUUUGUAAAGAAGACGUGGAGCAAGAAAUGAGAAAUGAGUACGUGACAAAGAGAACAGUGCAUCUUAUGAAAACGUGUCCGCCAUUAGGAGUAGAUAAAACAUUAAAGUAUCACAACCACACCCUUAUUUACAGGUGAGCUAAAGGAAAUGCAGUACUGAAACAAAAUGACCAUCUUACUUAUUGUACAAUACCAAACAAAGUUUAUAACCUUGCAAAUGAGCACAUUUCGAACAGCAUCUCUAGUGGGACUGAAUGUGUGAAGGUGGGAUGAUGUGAGCAGACUGAAGAGUCACAGGUCUAAAUUUGACUCUCUGUGGAGCAGAUAUCUGACAGGCUUAAUCGGCUAACUAUAUUUAAAGUUUAGGAGCUAAACCCAUGUCUAAUAGGAGUUUAAUUUGAGUCCUGAUGGAUGUUAGUGGCAGCAGCCAAGCAGCCUAUUACAACUUAAAUGAGUGUUAAAAGAAAGUGUGCCCUGUGUUAACGCCUUGGUUACGAUGAGGAAACUAAAGGUUCAUUUAUUCAGUGUUGACAUAUACAGACAGAGUUCUUUGCCUCUACCCUGCAUUUGUUAGGGCCAUGGAGAAAAUGCACCGAGGCACAGGCCCGUAUACAAAAGUAUAGGGGGCCAAGGUAUUAUUAUGCUGUGGAUUUUUUCUUAUCCCUUUUCUGGACAAAUUUUGAUUCACUACAAGUCCUACAGAUCAAAGAGUUGUAGGACAAAUUAUGCAUCAAAACAUGUGGUUUGAUCGUGAUUGGUGUACUUUUACUCUUCCACGUACAGUAAGUCGUGACAAACUGUGGAAAAAUUUUGCACUCAAGUCAACGAGACAAGCCAAAAAAAAAAAAAAAAAGACGCUUCCCAAGGCGUCUUGGGAUGACGACUUGUGAAUUGGCGCUAUAUAAAUAAACUUCGAUGGAUUGAUUGAGUUAAAGGAACACCACAUAAUCGUCUGCAUACAAACAUACCUUAUGACAACACCGGGCUUCUUGGUGAUGUGUUAUCUGAAGUUUAAGCUCAGUAUGUAUGAAAACAGAAAUCCUGUUUAUGGGGGUAAAAAUUUGUCCAUUUCACAUAUCUGAUUUUGCAAAUCUCAGUUCUCCAAACAGUGCUGAAAAUAUCUUAAUUGUAGAUAUUUGUGCAGAAAAAAUAUUCUGUCUGAUUCUAAUCUGUGCUCUGUUUGUGGUUUGUCUUACAGGGACAUCAAACCCGACAACAUACUGCUGGAUGAACAUGGUGAGUUUUAUCUCUGACUCGAUUUUUUCCGUAAAACACAGAUUGAUGUUUGGGGUCAUUUUCAGAGUCUGGAAACUUUGUAAUAAAUGUUUAUCUGUUUUGUAACCCGUGUACAUAUGGUAAUAUAUGACCUGACAUGACUUGGUGCCCCAAAUUCAAGACUUAGCAGCUAAUGACUCAGGAUUUAAGCACCCCUCGGGAUCACUUCUGCACAGAUCAAAGGAGUUGAAAAGCUCACGGCAGGUUUCACAGACAGGCCUUCCAGCAAUGAUGAAAAUACCUCAGACUUAUUUUUUAUUAAAUGCGACACAGGGUUCACAUCUGCAUCUCUAUUUUUUGUCCGGUGUGGCACUUUUUUCCCCCUAAAUUAUGUGAUGAAAUAAGAGCAAGUGAUGUAAGAGUAGUCUGGAGGACAGGGUUGAUAUUCAUCAUGGCUCCUCUCUACUGUGAGGAAAAAAUCCUGCUGUGAAUGAUUGAAGUGUCAUCAUAGGUUUUAGAGGCUGUUUCACAUAAUUAAACCAGCACACAUGCACAUAAAUACAGAAUACACCCAUGUGUUAAGGAAGGGGGACUGUAGUAAAUCAUAGCCAUAUGUGCUUUAAUAUGUUAAAUAUUAAAGGCACUUAUUAUGAUGAUGCAUCCCUGGAGAAACACAAGCUUUUUAAGACAGGCAUGGUAACACAUAUGCAAACAACAUGACCUGCAGUCUUUCAAGACAAAACACGUAGACGAGGAAGAGACCGAGUUAUGUUGAAACUGUUAAUUGGUUUGUUCAAAAUCCAAACCUCCAGGCGCAUCUUGACCUGAUCAUUAAAGGAGUCUGCUGGUUGCCCGGCAACCUCACAGUGACAGGAAGAUUCUAGCAAGUUACUGUGACCCAGCAAGAAAGAGUCCUGCAAGUAAACUUUGUAAAACUAGACAGGAGGGACUUUAUAACUAUUUUCUUUCUUCAACAGUAUGCACUAAUACUUUUUUUUAUAAUACUUUGAAAAUUUAUAUAUAUAUUUCUGGCAAAAAUGGGACCUGAGUGGAAAAAUAAAAGUCAAUUUAUGUAAUUAAACAGUACAUACAUUGAUUAACCAUAUUAGUAAAUGCAGUGUCUUAAUACACCCAUGUGACAAUUAAAAUGUCCAUUUGCUCAUCUCCUUUCUAAGUUAAACAGCUGCAGCUGAAUGCAGCUGUUGGGCAUAUGCCUGGAUUUAAAAGCUAACCAACUUCAAGUUGUGCCCUGCACCCCAGUCAGACUUGAAAGCACUGUGAGGAGUUUAUAAAGGGUUUAGAAACAGACUGAAAGGCCUAUUUGAGCAAGUCGAACGAGUAACGUUCACUGAAGUUGAAAAACAAGUCGCCUUGUUUACAGGAUGAUUAAUUAAAGUGCAUGAGAGACGUAGUUUUAGCACUACUCAGACGGUGAGCUGAUUUAAAGUUUCUGUUUUUGCAAGGUAAGCCCUGUUAAUUAAUUAACUAAUUAAAGAGCCUCACCACAACUCUUACACUCUGUCCUCAGCCCUGCAGGUCCUGACUGCUCUCAGGCUUUACGCUAAUGAGUGUCAAUGUCAUCCAGUUCCACGAAAGCAGAGAAUUUCCUCCAAAUAAGUCAGUCACUGUGCUGCUUUCUACUGACAGCCAUGGUUGUGGACCUCUAGGUUAUAGUGAGGUCCAACAUGGAGUCAUAACAACCAGCCAGUUCACUCAGCCUCUAAACUUUACCAUACAGUAUCCAUAUAGGUUUGACCACAUAUGGACACACAUUCACAGACAUAUACAUGCACACCUGCUUGAGUCCAGGGGUCUCAGAGGGCACUGGGCAUCUGCUUCAAGGAGCUGAGGAGAUAUGGCAGGCCUGCUGUCGCCACAGAAUGGAAGCAAACAAAGUAGGACAGAAAGAAAAGGAGAGAGAGAGAGAGAGAGAGAUAAAGAAGAAAGAAAGGAAAGAUAAAACAGUGAAACACACAGGCCAAGCCACAAGGAAGAAGAAGUGAUGAGCAAACAUUUCUCUGAAGAAAGAUAUGUCAAAGGUAGACAAAGAUGGAAGGAGAGAUGUGGAGAAGGGAGAUAAAGAGGCAGCUUUGUCGGCCUGAUUUCCAAAAGACAACAAACGUUCACCGGGACUUUACUACUCUUUUCUGUACAUGUGCGUGUCCUUUCAAACUCAAUAACCACUUCCCAUCUCCUCAUGCGUUCAAUCUCAAUCUGUGUUCCCGCUCAGACCCGUAGCCUUCCUCUCUGCUUGGGUCUGGAACAUCAUGAGGUCUUAGAGGAGGGGGAGCUGGCUGUUUUGCUUCUGCUCACCAGCCAAUUUUUCAAGCUGGAAUUGACCCGUAUCUCCCAGGAUUCCCCCUGUGGGGGCUGCUUCAAAUAGAGAAAAACAAUUUACUCAUGCAUGUGUGGUGACAAUUUUUUUCUUAAACGUCAUGGCCCCAGGUUGAUGAGCGAAGCUCCAAGGGGGCCGUUGUCUGGGUUAUCCACUUUGAAAGGUGAAGUGAGGAAAACCACAGCUCACUUCUUCUCCCCCAACAACAGAGGAGUCUAAGCAUGUUUGCCACUUUAACACUCAUGGGACUUUUUAAAAAUGGACAAUAUAUGAUCGCCUCUUGUUUGAUAGACAGGAGAAUAAGAAAAAAAAUUGUAUAAUAUAAAGAGUAUGUUAGGAUUAUGACCAGGUGAAGGCAAAUUGGACAUAAUAGACCAGUUUCAGUAAUAUUGACCUGCUUUGGUUCAUACUUCAACCGGCUGAUCUAUUGUGACUCAUGCAGCUGAUGGAGUUUGUUUACAGGAGGUGACUCGACAGUGAUCUUUAGAAAUCCACUGCAGGUUCAUCACUGAGGUCAUUGCAGUGCACUGCUGUUUGCAGCUGUAUGGGUGUACUAAGGUAGCAGUUAGAACAGAGGAAUUAAAAAUAGGAGAGAUGAUACAGAGCGUGACACAGAGCGUGACACAGCGGAAAGACCAAACCUCGACAGUUGUGGAAGUAAUCCUGAUAAAACAUGUUAGAUAACUAAGCCAACGGGAAACCUGCUGAGCCAUUGUUCAGGCAGCACACAGAGGAAGCAGUCUGAAUGCUGACAAACUUAAUCUCACCGGAUCAUAUAGGGGUUAAUUUAUUUAACUCCUGACAGAUUAAUGAGCUAAAGCUUUUAUUUGAAUUGAAGGGAAUGAUACCCCUUCAAAUGACGUCAAUUUUAACAAAUGAGGAUCUCCAGGUAUUUAGAAAAAAAUUGAGAAUUUAUAUUUCCACCCUGGAUCAGGCAAUUUUGCUCAAUGAUUUGAAUGUAUGACGUCAUACAGACUGAUGAGUUUCCUCUCUGUCCCAGCAACGAGCAAACUCCUGCUAGUGCCUCUACAGUGGGUAACACCACCCAAACAUCAAAACUCUCCACCAAUAUUACAAUCCCUGUUUCUUUCUAAAAUAAAUUGAUGGUAGCCAGCAUCUUAAUAUAAAAAUUUUCUUUUAAUUUUCCCUUAUGGAAAAACCUGGGACCACGUCUUCACUAUCUCUCUUUACUCAAUCCACCGAUGCCACGUCUUUCAAUGAGACAGAUUUAAAAACUGUCAAAGUUCAUUUCUUUAUCGUUUUCCUACUAAUGCCAUCUGUCCCUGACUGUGAUAUGUUUGUGUUCUUUUAGUUUAAGAGCCAUCUGCCCUCACUCUGAACCAACCAGAUUAUGAAUCACUUUUAGCUAAGAGUAAUAUCCAGUAACAUGCUCUGUGGGGGCAUAGAUUCAAUUAUGGGAAGUGGUCUUUUUUUCCAUCUGUAGUAGUCUAGUAGUUUGUAGUCUUUGUAGAAUUGAUCAAUCAGGUAUUGGCAUGAAAAUUAAAAACAGGUGGAACCUUUUGAAGUCUGACCGGUUUGUGAUCAGGGGAGUGACAGUAGCUGAGUUUACAUGGGCACAAAUAAUCGGAAUAAAUGCCCGAUCGGAAUAAAAAUGCGUCAUGUAAACAUGUUGAUCGGAAGAUUCUGAUCCAAUUCGGCUGCCGAUUGUUAUUCCGAAACGCGUCCAUGUAAACAUUUAUUUCGAUCGUGACUCUCUAACCUGACUCGAUCUUUACUCUUUAGCCUUUCAGUUAUUUAUUGAGGCCGGUACAGGAAGUUUUGUUAUCAACACUGUGGCAUAAAACACAACCGCAGGUGCCGUCAUGUCUGCUCCUCCGGUAACCUAACAAGAGGUAUACAGCGUAAUGAUGUCACAUCUGCAUGCACAGUGCAACCUUUAACAGAACAGUAAAAUAAGUAAGCAAGCGUGCCAUCUAGUGACAACAUUUAACAAGGGGAAAAAACCUGAAUUGAAUGGAGUGAGCCACUCCCGCACAGGCGUCUCUACAACUUUUCUUCUGCGGUUGUUUUAGUGAAAUCAGACAACUCUGCGCAUGUCCAAAUGCUUCUAAUCUAAAUAAAACUUGGUGCAUGAAUACAUGUCAUAAUCAGAUUAUUCGAUUUUGCACCCAUAGAAACAGUAGAUUCAUAUUAUCGGAUCCUUCAAAUUUUUAAUUGAAUCAAGAAAUUUUGCACAUGUAAACAUGGCUAUUGACGAGUGAAGCGUUGUUCCAAAAGUUGAAGUAUUUUCAACCGAGAUCGCAGCAACAGAGAACCGCAAACGCUGAGAGCGUUUUGCAUUGAUCAGCAUCACUCAGCAACUACAACACAGUUCCUGAUCCUCAUACCCUUUGUGAUUUUUCUGCAUUUUUAAAAAGGUAACUCCGAUGAGAAGAGAAAUUUACUUAAAUACCGUAAAAUUAAUCAAACCGGAGCAAUCCCAUGAGACCUAAAGCCUCAGCAACAGACCACUGGAGGCUGAUUCUGCUUCCACCACCAAACUGGAACAAACACUAUGACUCAUCAUCACCGCCGCCCCUGGAGCUGUUUUAAACCGACUAAAAUCACACCCGUCUUCAUAUUAAAACAUAGGAUGAAACCAUUUGAUACUUUUGCCACAGUAGCUAAAUAUUUUAAUAUUAGUCCUCUCUUUCUCCCUGCUGGCUACCAUGUAAAACUCCUGCUGUCCCAAAUCUGUCUCCUGCAAAGCAAAGAGAGAUGAAGACAGAAGAGGGGGAAAAAGGGGGCUAGAGAUAAUAAUCUGACAGAGACAGGAGGAAUCAUUAAAUAUGAAAACACCACUCUCACUCAAGCUCCACUAAUAGACUCAACUAACGCUUGACUCCUGCCACACCUUUGUCGCUGUCCUCAGAAAGGUUUAAAAAUACUUAUUUGAAAAAAGCCAGGCACUAAAUAUGGUUUAUAAUGUGGGCUUGUUUCAAACUGAGAAGGACACAGCGGGGUAAAGAAGUCAAAUCACUGAGCAGCAGCAUAAAGAUAUGGGGUUUAUGGAGGGAAACGAGAAUUAAAACAUGAAAAAUAAGGACAGGAUCGAGGUCGAUGGGAAAGGAGAAGAAAGCGGGUGGAAUAAAAAAGGUACCUUGAAUGAAAAGGUGUGAUAAUGCAGAGUAACAGAAGAGGAGAGUAGAAAGCGGGUUUGUGACAUUUUCCUCAGAUUCUCUUAUCUUACAGGCUCAGUAUCUCACUCAAAUAUAUUUAUUUACAUCGUUUCAGAUGAUAAAAGGUCUUUAGUCUUACUGUAUGUGUUUUUGGGGUUACCGGGGACAACCAUUCAUCCAAACAAUCACUCUGCGGCAAACCCUCUCCUGUUCUGUAUUGCUCUGCCACUCAGAAUCACACACACACACACACACACACACACACACACACACACACACACACACACACACACACACACACACACACACACACACACACACACACACACACACUAUGUAUAUUCAGCUCAUUAGUGUGGACUCGGUGUGCAUGGCAAAGACUCUGGGCCAUCUUGCAGCAAUGCGAGACACAGGUCAGUGGUUUGACUUUGAGAGGUUGCCGUUAAAACACACAUUUGGCGCAGACCCACCUCUUAUUCACGUGCACACACAUUUAUUCCAUUCAAACAGCAGCAGUUUAAUUUUAUUAGAUGCUUUUUGGUUACACAAAUGUCAGAAUAUUCUAAUAAAGAAUCGGGCAUUUCAAAUAACGUAAUGUCACUAUCCUGUAGAGUAAAAUCUUUUUUUUUUUCUGUGUAUUUUUGUCCAUUUAAAGCGCACACAAAUAGCAUCUGGCCUAAAAUAUUGUGAUAACAGUAUUAUUGUGAUGUAGAUAGAAAACUUUGUGUGUCGAUAAAACGACACACAAGGUCAUAACAGUGGAGCAACAUUAACUGACAAAUUAAGUUACAUAUCAUCACCAUUUCAAAUCAAUGUCCAAAUUUAUGAUUUAUCCGCCUCACCAGCACAGUGAGUGAAACUUCUUCGGAGAAGACACUGCUGCAUAAACGACUGUCUGUAAAGAUUUUAUUCUGAAAUUUUUUAUGUCUUGCAUUUUGUUUGCUUGAUGUACUGCAUGUUCAAAUUAUGCUCUGUAAAUCCAGUCAGGUGAGAGGAGAGGGUGAGGUGAUGCUGAGUCUGUAUCCUAGCAACAGUAUAAUGGAGAACAUCUCACGAAACUUCAGCUGUUGCCAUGAGUGGAAUGUAUACGAGUACUGUUAUGAUAGGACUGAACUCCCUUGGAACAUAAUAUGGACGAAGGACAAACAGUUCAGUAUCUGGACAACACAUCCUCUCCUUGACGGUUAUGUGUGAAGAGUUACAACAUCUCUGGUUGACAAAUAAAGCCAGACCCCCUCCUUUCUAAUUUCUAACUUUAGCAUCUCUGUCUGACCUUAUGAGCUUCAAUUAUCAAGGGGAAACCAAAAUUACUUAUGGUGUAAACACAACUAUUUGAUUGUACAGCUUUCCUAAACCGUUACAGAGUUCACACAGCUGAUAUACUUAAGAGUGUAUUAAUAACCACCUCUGAACCACAGUGUAAUGAUGCAAUCUGUUUUCUCCAGGGCACGUCCAUCUGACAGACUUCAACAUUGCAGCCAUUGUGAAAGACGACCUAAAAGCAACAUCUAUUGCCGGGACUAAGCCAUACAUGGGUAAGAGGGCUGCUUUUUAACACCGCAUCACAAGGAAAGUAAAAUACCUUCAACAGACCUCAGAGAGCAGGCCGAUGUUUGCUAAUCCACCAGAGAACAGAUUCUUCUUUUUCUCUAAACUUGGUAUUUUUUACUCGUGUUCGGUUUUGUGGUGUCAUCACUGUGUGUGACACAUAGAGAACAGGUUCACCAUACUCUUACUUGUGAGUUUUUUUGGCUUUAUUUGUAAGAAAUAACCUAUCAAGGAGAGAUUACAAACUCUGUUAUUUAAGAGUGAUUGAUAGAGGGAUAAUAAAAACUUAGACUACAACGUGAGCACUAAGGAUUUAUAGCACCAGAACCCCUGAAGCCAAGGCCACCAUUAUCAAACCUGGUCAGUGUUGACUGCCUUUAUGACCUGGAGAGAAAACUAAAUGAAACAUGUGUUGACAAACACGUGUGUGUACUCUGUCGCAGAGUAAACCGUCACUUGAUGCCUUUUUCUGUGAGGGAGGUUUUGGUAAUACUUAAGUAAAGUAAAUGAAGGCAUCACCUUCAGUUUUGACCUCAUGUGUGUGUCAACAUUUUUUACAAGUAGCCAUGUGUUUGAAGGUUUUUGGUGUUAAAAAGAUGUUUUUUAAUUUAUUUUUAUUUUUUACUCAAUCUGACAUUUAUUUUCUUACUGAAAUCAUGAGCAUAUAUUCAAUUAAAAGAGCCCUGAACCACGACUCACAUCCUGAAGUUAUUCUCUCAUUGUGUGUUUAACAUCCUGAGAGACCAAAUAGAUAGAAUAAUUUCAGGGAAAGUAAUGACAGGACAGCUCAUCUACUUUGUAUGUGUGUGUGCGUGUCUGCACAUUUUAAGUGUGCGCUCAUGAUGGACUAUAAUCUUAUCGCCCUGUUGCCGAUAUCAGGGGAACACACUGUGGUCUAAUAGAUAAUUCAUGGGGUCUCUGGGGAGAGGAAAAACAUUUUCAGCAGCUUCUAUAGAUAAACUACACGUUUUUCUCCUUAGCGAGAAAGUGAACAAACCUGUCAUGGCGGAGGAGAGAAGCUUGUCUGUGUGUGUGGGUAUGUGUGAGUGUGUGUGUGUCGACCAGAGUGAAGUGAACUGUGUGGUUCCUCCCAUCCAAAACAACAACAACAACAACAACAAAACAUAAUGAAAUAAUACAGAGAGAAACAAUGACAGAGUUUGGGAUGGUGUGUCCUGCUGAGAGAACCUGUUCAAUUAAUUAUUUAUUAACAGGAAAUCAUGGUUUAAUAUUGGCUUCAAAUUAGAUCCUAAUAAUUAUAAUCUGCCUGAAGCGAAAACAACCAAAUUAAUGUUUUUCAUCUGAGAACAACAACAAACUCAACAGUAAAGUGUGAAAAAGUGACUCAGACUCCUCUGUAAAGCCUUCUGUCAGUUUCUCACACUUCAGUCCUCCUUGUACCAGUUUUUAUAACAUGACUAGAUAUAAAAUGUGUUACUGUAAACUGACUGGCAGUUUGAGGGUUAGUCCUAAAUUGUUUUUAACACCAUAGCUGCCUUUUUCAUUUUAAACGUCACUAAACUGAACAGCUGUCUGACCGGUGUAGGUACCAGAUGUGUUCGGGCUGCCAGAUCGGCUCGGGGCUCGGCGCCUGUUGAUGACGUCAAACUAUAUGAUUGGCUGGAAGUUGUUCGGAUGACGUAGAUAGAAGAAUGUGGUUGGUCCGGACAUUACGGAAGCGGAAAACAUGGACGAGUUUUACAAACCGCCUCUUUUUAGGUUGCCAAAUGGAAUGUGGAAUAAAAGCAAAAUUUUCUAUUGAUAAACGGAGAUCCUGCGUACAUCUUCUUUUUUUCUUUUCCUUAGAAAAGUUAACAUGUACAAUUCAAGCCAUCUGAAAAUUACAGUGCAGUAAGUUGUAAUUCUCUGUCAUUUAAAAGAGAGAAAAUUUCAAGGUUAAUUGAAUAAACAAACGCAAAGAAAGAAAACCGCAGGGGCUUACAACUGAGUACAUCUGACUCAUUAAAUGGAGCGCAAUGAGGGGACUUGCCGUAGGGUGACGUCUUCAACAGGCGAUCUGGCAGCUAGAGCACAUCUGGUAACUACACCGGCUCAGAUUUGGUGACAUUUACGAAACGCCAACUAGAGUAUCCCUGACUAUUGACGAAGUUUCCAUUAAUGCCAAUAACAUCAAAAAAGGGGAGUCCUUUGAUUGAUCUAAUAAGUAAGAAAAUGAAUCAGAGCACUCAAUCCGAGAAGAGAGAAUGAGUGUCUCACAAGCUGAUGAUGGUCAUAAAUCACGGUGUCAUGGUCAUAAAUCUUGCCUUCAACAGCAACACUUAUCUGAAAACUCAUCACAGUUUAGUCAAAUCGAAUGAAAACUCUUUUGUAGCCUCUCUACUCUGCCUUAAAACAUUUAUUACUGACAUGUCUGUACUGAACGCAUCAAACAUGACUUAAACUGAUCCAUAACGUACAUGUUUUAAAAGGUUUAGGUCGAAAAAGAAGGACCAGACCAAAUGAGAAUAGGGGAUCUGAACACCUAACAAGAAGUUGGUUAAAGUAUGAGAAAGGUACAAUGACAGAUUUCAUUAUUCCUGCUUUGUUUUUCUGUCUGUCAGCUCCUGAGCUCUUUCAGACCUUCGAGGGGUCCCACCCUGGCUACUCUUUCUCUGUGGACUGGUGGUCACUGGGCAUCACGGCAUAUGAGCUGCUUAGAGGACAGGUAAUUCCAGACACAACACAAACUACAAACAUGUCCACAAUGUUUUUACACUUUAGAAAUUCUACAAAUAACAUCUCCAAAGACACAAAACUAGUCUCCAGCCUUGUCUUUUAAGAGAAGGGGAAGUUGUAAGUGGAUUUUCUUUUAAUCUGACCUUACAAAGUUCUUCAGAUUUUUAGUAAUGGAGUGAAACAAAUCAUUCAAGGUGACUUAGAAACUUGAAUUUAAGCAAACCAUCACUGAAACAGCAAAUGAAUCCUAAAGCCAUGAAGAAACUGUAAAUAAUUACCACUGAGAGUGUUCGUGUUCAAGUAGGUAUCAGUGGAUGUUACUUUUCUAAAAGUGCUAAAUUGCCUUUUACUGGUUUAAUACAUUAUUCUUCUUACAAUAUAUUUUUGGAUGCAACAUACUUAACUUUUAUCUGUUGUGUAAAUCACAAUAACAGCCGUGCAAUUUAUGAAACCUACUGUCUAAUGUGCAUUGUCAAUUGUGCAAAACACAUAGUUUUCUUAAAUUUUGAUGCUACUGUAGAUGUGUGUAAGUCGAGCCCUUAAUGUAGAUCACUCUCAUACAUUGAACGUAGACUCUUUCUGACGUUAGAGACCUCUUUUUGAGGACUAACAAAAAACCCGAGACUGUUGCAGUUUUCUUUAAAUAAUUCCCAAACUUUCUUACUUUUUUUACGUAAUAUCUAUACGUUAAACUUCUUCAGAUGCAUUCAGCAAACUUUUUGUUGACAGUUUCAUCUCACACCCACAGUUUUAUCUUUAGUCCUCCCUCAGGUUUUAUGUCUCCUUCAGAUAAUCCUACAUAAACAUGUUUCGUACUCUCCCUGACCUACAUAUGCGUGGUGUCUUCUGCUUACCUUAAAGCUGUGUACUCUGAUUUUUCAAGUGCUUUUAACCUUCACUCCUUCAAGGAUGGAUUGGUGAGCACACAUUUGCACAUCUCCACACCCAGAAAUUACCCAGAGUGACAUUGACGUUAGCCCCAUUUACACGCUUUCCUAAAAGUUCACUUUUUUUCCCCUUAUGUAAACCCUCUUCUCAACUUUCUCUCACCUCACCUUACUCCCUCCAGAAAAUUCAUUUUCACUUUAUCCCUCUGUCUCUUAGGGACAUUCUUCUACACCUUUUUCUGACUGGCACAUUUCAUCGCUGCCUAUAAAGCACGAAUCUUUCUCGGGGCGUUAAAAACUGGCCUGUUGGAUGUGCAGAAUUAUUUGGCUGUCGAAAAUGGAGGGCUUACCCGCUAUGAUUCAGCUCCAGGCACCUUCUCAAACCCUCCUCAAACCCUCUCAUCUCUCUCUUUUUAAAGCUCCAGCCCUCCCUCUCUUCAUUCUUUAGACCAUUUAACUCCUCACAGGAUAACUGUGCCCUCCUGCCAGGUCUGAUCAUGGGUCCAGGGUUUCAAUCCAGGCAGCUUAACUUCCCUUCAGAUCUGCAAAUCAAUCACUGUCACUCAGCUUUUCCACCCUCCGUCUGUGUUUCCUGCUUUGUUUCUGAAUUAGACAGCCCAUGAGGGGAAAACAAAGACCUCAAAGUGCAUUUCAAACAGACCAGCUGGUAAAUAAAACCUCUGACAAGAGAGAGCUUGGAUAUUUUAUGUGACUGUGCAGAUAUGAGGGGAAUGAUAUUGUGUAUUAAAGAAGGAAGUUUGGUGACAAAGACUGAAAGCCAGAGAAAAAUAGGUGGUCACUUGAUUCAACCAGACCUCAUGCAACUUGGGCAUGAGGUCUGGUUGACUCAAGUGAAUAACUGUCAUGUUGCAAGGUCUUUUAGAGCCAGAAUUAAGUCUUUUUAAUUAACUUCUAAAGGAGGCAGUACAAAUGUUUGUCCAAGGCGGCAUUUCACCACUCGUUUGUUAUUCAUUCCCUGCUUUUCAUUAGUUUAAAUAACAUGAAAUCCGAGAAAUAACAUUAAAAUUAUUGACUGCACAUUGAAUAGCAAUUUCAAUGUCACAGAGAAAUGACCCCUUAUAGUAAAUAAACUGAAAACUGCCUGAAUUGGAGGCAGAACUGGGAAAUAUUUCUAUGUAAAACCGCCUCAACUAUCAGUCUGUAGUUAACUACUUAGAUUGAGCCUGAGGUAUAUUUGCCAUGUCCAUGAUUAACCACACAAGUCAGUCAACUCCCUUUUUUUAUUGGAGUCUAUUUCACUGUAUAAAGUAGGGUGAACAUAUCUCCUCUUUUACCUGGACAUGUCCUCUUUUUUGGGGACUGUCCUUCAAAUGUCUGCGGUUUUGUGUGGAAGUUCUGAGUUUGUGUUGCGUGGACUAACUGAGUUAGAAGGCGUAAAAAACACUCGACCUGACCCGAAAAACUCAAAAUUUCCUAUGCACGACUCCGUGACUUCGCCCUGCAUAGGCAUGUCCUCUUUUUGGGGAUUCAGAAUAAGGUCAUCCCAGUAUAAGGAUCAACUAUAACAGCUAAUAGCACCCUUUAUUUCUUUUUCAAAAUAUUAAACUAUGCAGUUUGAUUAUCUUUGACUUUUAUUCUGCAGGCUUUGAUAAAUUUGUGUGAAAAAAGAAAAGAUCUGAGCAAACAAGCAUGUGUGAAUCAUCCCCACCACCCUGAUACCUUGAUAUAUUUUUCAUUCAUCAACUUCACUGUGGGAGUCUACCCGCCUCAGAUACAGAGCAGAGGGUGAAGGACCCUCAACAGGCUUUCCACUGACCCACAGGAGAGACUUUGAAUAGAGUUUUAAGAAAAAUUCCUGUUUCCUCAGUCGUUCGUUCACAUCGGUGCAGUAAAUGGAUUCACAGGAGGCAAAGAAAAAGGACGGCUGACUAACUUUAACACAAGUCCUGUAUCAAAGACACGCCUCCAGGCAGAGCAACGCAAAGGAUACAAGAAAUCUAUAACAUACCUUCUCCUCUCUCCUUUUCAGAGACCCUAUGUGAUGAGAUCCAGCACUCCAGCUAAUGAGAUACUUCAGACCUUCCACAAAGUCCAUCCUAGCUACCCAGCAGCCUGGUCUUUGGAGAUGAAGUCUCUCCUCAGAAAGGUAAUGAGUGGCACACAUAUGACGCAGAAAGUGUAGGUGCGGAGGGAGUGAUGGUUUGCUUUAAUCUGCUCAUUUCACAUCAAGUGGAUGUGGCAGGAAAGGAGCUACUCCAGAGGCAGUUUUCUGUUCUUGUUAAGAAAUGUUUCGGAGGGAUUCUGCUGCCAGGUUGAACACAGCUCACGAUGUUAAUAUUCCUCUAACAUUGCUCUGCCUGAACUGUACAAGUAUGUGAGCAAACACUUACAACAUGGUAAGAGAUAAUGCUCUUAUGUUAGCACGCUGUCACCCUUAAGUCCAGCACACAGUCCAGAGCUGCAAGCUAAGAACAAUUCAAGAAAAAAAUACAAUCUCUGGCAUCCCUGACCAACAAAACACAAGAAAACAUUAGUAAACAAACUGCUGAUUCACCCCCUACAAGAUCGAAUCCAAAAUAUAACAAAUCAAGGCUGUGAACAAAGGACUACUUAGCUGAUUAAGAGAGCAGAGAGUUCUGACGUCACCUCCAAGCAGACAAAGAGAAAAGCUCCAGAACCCUGACUAUCACCUCCUGAGCAGGAGUCUGAGUCAACUCUGGAGGAGGCCGUAUUCACACACAGACCACUCAGGUAGUGGUAUCAGGACUUGAAAAAGCUUAAUCAGUGCAUCUGUUAGGGCUGGGCGAUAUGGCCUCAAAUCAAUAUCACCAUAUAUUGAGCAGUUCACCUCGAUAACAAUAAAUGGGCGAUAACUACUCCACAAGCUGCUCACCCCCUCCCACAUUAACUUCAUCUACUUCAGCUGCAACAACUUUUGAACAGCCCUCCAUCUCCUCACUUGUCUUUCCCUCUUUGUUACGGACUUUGUUUGGGACAUGAGACCAUAGUCUACCUACACACAUCCAAAACCAACUUUUAUUUAUUCAUUUAUUUUUGACACCAAAUAUAUUGACAUGGGCAAAUGACGUCGGUUGUUGUCCUCAAUUUCGGUAUCAGUAAAUUUUCAGUUUAUCGCCCAGCCCUAGAAUCUAUAGUUUUGAAUGUGCUUGAUGAAGUUGAUAUAAAAAGUCCAGUUUUUCUGUUAUACCCACACCCCUUUUCUGCUCUGCAGGAUAUGUUUUGAACCUGCUUUUAAGUCUGAAUUAUUUAACACCUGUUGAGAGACAAUUAGCAAACCUCAAAAAAACAGCAUCUCAUUCACAAAUGAGGUGCGUAGUCAGAAUUCUAAUCAGGGGGUCACUCUCAUCGACGCAGCCCUGCUGGAUGCACCAUGGGUUCAUCUGCUGAUGAAUAUCUGGCAGCGUGCAGUGCCGGAGACUUUAAAAUCAUAAGAAGUAAGGUUCAAUUAGUAUUCAAGAGGAGGAAUGGGAGUUGUUUGUUGUCAGGUAAAAACAGAAGCACAAAGUUUUCACAGUUCAGGACGAGUAAACACAGAACAGGACUCAGCAUUGCACACAUAAGAGUACAAAUCAAAUUCCUUCCAUUUAAUGUCGUAUGUCGUAUCUGUGAAAUUAGCAGCAAAAUCUUACAAAUCUCUUUUUUUUGUCACUCUUAUGCGACUAGCAAAAAGCUGUUGUUGUGGCGUUGUCUCAUGGCAGCGGUCCACUGCAGUCUAACUGUUGCAUUGCUGCGUGCUCAGACUCCACCACCUCAUUGGCAGUCCAGUCGCACGUGUGAAUGUGUGUGUAUGUGAGAGGGACAGGGAGAGAGAGAGAGAGAGAGAGAGAGAGAGAGAGAGAGAGAGAGAGAGGGGGUAGUAUAGAAAGUGAGUAUACUGGAGGAAAUCCAUCCUCGAUAUAUUUGUCCUUCACAGCCCCUUAAGUUCCCCUCAUCACAGUUUGCUUCCUAUACGUCUAACAUUUCCUCCUUUCCUUCCUUCUCUCCUUUCCUACAUAUCACCACUUCUAUCCCGUUUGUCACCAUGUUUUCACAGACAUCCUUUAGGGCAAACAUGUCCUCUUCAUGUCUCAAUGGGACUCUUGGCUGUAACUUUUUUCAUCCGCGCUUCCCUCCGUGGAAAAUUGCUUUUACUCUAAUCCUUUUUGUCUCCUCCAGUUGCUGUGCAUAGAUGUCCAGAAGCGCAUUUCAUGUCUAGCUGAGCUCCAGGAUUUGGACUACAUGUCAGAUGUCAACUGGGACGCUGUGCUCAGCAAACAGCUUCCUCCAGGCUUUAUUCCCAAUGUGAGUAUAAGGAGGGAAACUGAGUUCUGUCUGUACGCAUACAGAUACUAUGUCAUGCUGAAUUAUAAUGCCAAACUAGAAAAAAUACAAUCUCCUUGAUUGUUUGCAAAUUGACAGCAAGACACUCAAAUCAACAAAUAUCAUGUGACUACGCUGUGCCUGUGCCUGGAUGUCCUGUACCCCCCCCCUUCCCUUUCUUUAACAUCAGAAACGACAUCAGUUCCCUGAAACUCCACCUCCUUUCUCCCUUUUACCUGUCUACCAUGUUUUCUCCAACUAGUAUUUCCCCGAAGGCGGUGAAAAAAUAGAUGCAGCCAGAACUUCCCAUCCUUCAUCCCAUCUUUUCUCGUCAGGCUGUAGACACCACCCCCUGCUGGGCUGAACGGGGUCUCCCACUGAGUGUUUCAACUGAAUAAAAAAUAAGCACCUCACGUAUGUGUUUGUGCCGCUGUGGACACAGACAAAAGCAAAGAAAAGACUCUUUCUCUGUGUACCUGCAGCUCCAAAGGUGGUCCCUGGAUCAUUAUGAUUCGCUGACAAUAAAUCAAGAUAAAAAUAAGACGAGGUGGUUUUUUGUAGCUGUACUGCUUGACAUCACCUUGAAAAAGUGACAACAGCUGUAAUGAGGUGACUUCAAUCAGUCAGUAAAUGUGAGUGCUUUAGAGCGAGAGUGCUUAUCAGGUUUUCCUGCUAUUUAAAGGAAAAGUAUCAUCCACGCUAAUCAGAGAAAGAAAACAACUGAAGGAGCAGAAAUUACACUAUUAAUAGCAAUUACACAAAUAACGUUUUUAACUGGUAAUUUGACCACUUAAUUAACCAUGUUCUUUUUAGAAACUCUUAAAAAUCAGCGUGCUCCUUGUCCUGACCUUGUCUCAGCUUAUAUCUUGUUGUAGACGUGGUGUUUUAAUGAGAGAAAAACAAUUUGAAUAUUUAUAUCUAAAUGUUCAAGGACAUGGCAAAAUGCAGGUUUCUUAAAAAGAUAUGAUGAGGAACUUUUUGUUUGUGUUGACUAUGGUGACCCCUUCCUCUCUCUUUAAUUCAAUUCUGUGUAGGUACUGUUUUCUCACCCCUCUUAUUGUAAAACUAGUUUUAAAACAUCGAAAUAAGUAAAAAUAAAAGGGGGUGCUGCCAACUUGUGGCCUGAAACCUUACCCCCACCAACUGUCAAAAUUAACAAUACAGAAAAGAUUUAUCUUUUCAUCUAUGGUCUGGUCUACAGAGACAUAAAUAUUUGUUCUAAUCUGUUUCAUAACAGGAUAAAAAUUCCUCAUCAGAGCUUUAAUAUCAGUCAGCACUGGGUUCUUGAUUUUGUUCCAGUGUGUUUGACCAUGUUUACAAGGUGUUGGUUAGCAACAGUAUCUAAGUAAUUACUAAAAAAAAAAAAAAUGAAGGUAGCAUAUUAAAGUUUCUCAAAACCAGAACAAGAUACUAUCCGUACUGUAUGUCCAUUUGCAUGCAUUGCAAACAUGAUAUGAAUAGCCGGUUACAUCAUCCUGUGUAUUUUUCAUGCUGAGCAGUGAGUCAGCUCGCAUCCUGUUGCAGUUGCACAUGUAAAACUGCGACUGAGAAGUGGCAGGUGUACCAAGCAUAGAAAAAAAAGUGGUGGCAGCUGGUUCAACACUGUCUUAAAGCUCCUAAAAUCCCAGAGUUUUCAUUCAGUUUACUCUCAUUCACAUCAACAAGCCCUCACCUUCAGCGCUUUAUCUCAUCUCUUUUUCUCUUUCCUCUCCUACCACUAAAAUGUGAGGCAAACUCGAUUCAUGUUACCAUAGUAACCAUGCUACACAUUUUUAAAUCGGAUCAUCUCACAAUUACACAAGUUAUGUGUAACACUAAUACAAAAAUGUCUUGAGCUAAGAUUUUAAAAAGUAUGAAUGAGUAACAUCAGAUUUAAAAGCUGGCAACUAAAUAAACCAUUGAGUAAUUUUGGGGUUUAUCAUCCAAUUGUAAGAUUAAUCUCUCCAAAGAUUGAUGACUCACUGACCGUCAAAAUACCUGUUAGUUGCAUCUCAAGUAUGCAGCCACGUAACCAAGAUACUCGAAAACCCCACUUUUGUUCCAGUGUGCAUGCAAACCAAUUCAUUUAAAAGUACAGAUUUUACUCCUUUUAGUCCCAUGGAAACAUGUACCAAUGACUCAUAAAAACUAAAGAAAUUCUAUGCAUCAGUACAGCUGGUAAAAGCAGCAUUUUCUCAGACUUUGUAGCCUGUAUAACGUCUGCUUUGUAUGUCUCUCUUUGUUUGGUCAGUCAUCUCUACUCAAUGGGAAAGCAACACAAAAAUCUGUCCGUAUUGUUUCAGCAAAGUGUCACAGUGUCAGAGUUGAAUACAGAAACUCUCACAAGUGAAUAGAAGAUUGAAUGACUUCAUCUCAUUCUCAGUCAGUAGCGUCUGCAGAGCAGCGGGUUUUCCCCAGCGGCCUGCCUGGCACAGCGGAGGAAAAACACAGAGGAUCAAUGGGGAAUUGACAGUGUCUCUUUCUAAUUAUAGGCCUAUCCUCUUUCUUUAGUCCCUUAUAGACAGGAGGCACUCAGCACUUAUGUUUUGUUCCCUAACUUCCCCUCAUUCGUUUUACUGUGUCUCUGUUGGUUUGACGAUGCUCAAGCUGAGAUGUUUCACCAAUAAACAAAGCCUGGAUUUCAUCACCCUGUAUUUUAUUGUGCUACAUUGUGUAAUAUUAGAUUGGGUUGCGUAAUACUUGGGCUGGGUGAUAUGGCCUCAAAUCAAUAUCACAAUAUAUUAAGCAGUUCACCUUGAUAACGAAUAAUGGACGAUAACUACUCCACAAGCUGCUCACCUCCUCCCACAUGAACUUUUUCUACUUCAGCCACCGCUCCAGCCACUACAACUUUUGAACCGUCCUCAAUCUCCUCACCUGUCUUUCCCUCUUUGUUACGGACUGAAUGGGCUGGAGCCACGUCUCGACCAUAGCCUACCUACACACAUCCAAAACCAACUUUUAUUUAUUUAUUCUUUUGACACCGAAUAUACAUGCGUAAAAUGAUGUCAGUUACUGUUGUAAACUUCAGUAUCGGUAAAUUUUCGGUUUAUCGCCCAGCCCUAGUCAUGCAUCUAACUUAGGCUACGUUCACACUGCAGGUUAUGAUGCACAUUUUUUUAACACAUAACAACAACGAAUGCGGACUCUAAUGUGAACGGAAUGCGUCCGUGAAGUGACCCGCAUGCGAACAAAGCACAAAUUGCUUUCCGCGCCUGUUUGUGUUGUCGAACAAUGGUGACGUUUGUCGCAUAUUGAUGACGUAUAGGUCGGAUGAACGCGACCUGAGCGUCCACACUGCAGUCACAUCGGAUACAUAUCUGAUUUAUAUCCACAUACAAAAGAGGCCUGGCUCGGAUUUGAAAAAUAUCUGAAUUGCACUGUUCACACUUACAUGAAAAAAUGUGCCACAUAUGGUUAAAAAAAUCAGAAUUGACCUGCGGUGUGAACAUAGCCUUAGUGAUUCCAUAGUUCUUAUUUGGACACAGACGCCACACACUAAUUAGGUAUAGUGGCCUACAAGGCCAAAAAUGUUUAGUUUGUAUCAUUUCAUGGUAAGAUAUUUCUUUUUACUUAAAUGUUCGGUAACAGCUACUGAAUUACAGACUCAAGGAAGACAAAAGAUUGCACAUUAAGAUACCAAGAUAUUAGUACAUUAAGAUUAAGGUCCAUGUUGACUGGAACAACUUUUCCAGUACAGACCUGGCUUUCGGUUCAUGCUGAAGUGUUUUAUUUACUGAUAAUUGAGGACACAGAUGGCUUUGCUAUCCAAUAGAGGCUGAAGUAUAGAGGCUAUAGUCCUCAUCACAGCAGAUGCUGGCUAGAUUCCCGGCCACAACCCUUUGCUGCAUGUCUUCCCUUAUUCUCCCCCCCUGCAUUUCCUGCCUCUCUUCAGCUGUCCUUCCUAAUGAUGGCAAAAUGCCCCAAAAAUAUUACUCACAAGAAGAUUUUGAUUAAUUGAAGGUUUGUUUGGUUUGUCUUUUAAAGUCCUGUCUGCAUGUUCCUGUCUCUUUGCAGAGGCGAAGACUAAACUGUGACCCCACCUUUGAGCUGGAGGAAAUGAUCCUGGAAUCCAAACCGCUUCACAAAAAGAAGAAACGACUUGCGAGGAAAACCAAGGACCAAGGCUCUGACGGAUCCCCACAGGUGUGGCUUUCAAUCAGAAACAUAAACCCCAUUUAUUAUUGACCGAAGAAAGAGAGAGAGAAAGAAAGAGAGGGAGAGAUGAAAGAGAGGAGACCCCUGCAUCUUGAGCGCAGUAGCUAAGAAUAACUGUUGGAGAGACAGAGUUUAACAUCACUUCGAUCAUGUAUAAUUUAGUCACUGUGACCUUUUUUUCACAGCCACUGUUUAAAUAUAAAUCUCAGCCCAUUUUUAGUUUGGUUUAUCCCUUUUGCAGUGGAUUACACAAGUCUCUUAAGCGUGGUUCUCUUUUAGUGCUCAUCAUUAUUCAUUAAAGAAAUCUGACCACUGUUUCCAUUUGGCCCAGUUACAGGUGAUAAGUUAGUCCUUAGUUUGUCUUUAAAGUGAGUCCAGAGUGCUAUUAAGGGUAUUGAGGACACAUUUUAGAGCGCCGUCCUCCUCACCUUCAUCAGAACAAAUGGCCCGUCUGACUGCUGAGCGUAUUGGGAAGGCAAAGAAUGCAAUCACCUCUCCCUCAUCUUUCAGUCCUUCACUCAGACCACAUAAAUCAGCUGUUGUCCUCUGGGUGUUUAUACUUAACAGAGAGGAAAGCCCUGAAAGGUUAAUUUAAUCACCCGGUCCAAUGAGAGACGUGGGAGGAACACGGGCAUACACACAUGACAAAUGUAGAAAACACGUCCAUAGUUAGGGGGGCCAGUCCAGACAGUUGCUGUUUUUUAAUUUAAUAUGUAGUAAUGGUUCUUUAUGAACAUGCAGGUUUUUGGUCUGUUUCCUUGCUCCUUCUCUUUUUGGAGGCGAACAUUGCUAAUCAAAUCUGUAUCUUCAUGUGUAAAUUCUGACUUAACAGACGUGCCCUCUUUUUUUGAGACUAAUUUCAGAUCCUGCCUACUCCUGAAUCGAUGACGAUGAUGAUACAUGCUGGUGUUGUUGUCCAUUUAAGAGCUCUGUGAGAAAUUAUGAACAGUAAAUUGUAUUUUGAGAAUUAUUUGAAAGUUGGUAGAACGGUUUCAUGUUUUGUUUUGGCUUUCAAUAUAAAGAUGUUUUAAUUUUUAUAUUAUAGGAUGAAUGAUUUUAAUAGAUUUGACUCCUCCUCGGCUAAAUUGUAGGUAAUAUCAUGCAGCAUAUGAUAACCUCUAUUUUGAGUACAGCCUGUGAUACGCUUCACUUAGCUUUACUUCCUGAUUGACUCUUGUGGAGGACACUAGCUGUGUCUUAAUUCAGGGCCUGCAGCCUCCAAAAACUGAAUGUGUCACAGCAGUGUGUUAAAAGCUGUUCCAUUUCGAAGGCUACCUUAAAUGAGGCUGACAAAUGUGUCCUGUAUUUCCCGGGCCAUGAAGACGGAUGCUGCUCUACUUACCCUGUGACUCUUUGUGCACAAAUAUAAUGAAGAUAAAAUUUCAAGUAAUCUACAAGCAAAUAAUAGUGUUUGGUUUGAACUCUAGGUGUUUAAUGUUUUAUAGACAAUUUAAUUGAAAUUUGGAAUUAUCUUCACAAUGUAGGUGAUGGUCGAGUUACGUGACACUAGCUAUGCUGUCUGGUUAGCCUGUUGCUGAGAGGUGAGAGCCAUCAUCAGUACUCAAUCCUCCAAAGGGUAGACCAUCUUAAAUCAGUUCAGCCUGACUGAUCUAGUCUGGCAGGCCCCUGCAUUGGGACACUGUUACUGAAAGUAUAAAUCAGAGGAUUUAUACGAUGUCUUAUGUUUUUGUUUUUUCCCCAAUAUCGAGCCACCGUUGCUGGUGUUUUGAGAAUAAGUCAGGGAUCAUUUAUGUCUCAUCCGAAACAUUAGCCUGUUUAUGUUUUAUAAGUCACUUCAAGAUAAUGUUCAACAGGGUGGACUGAACUUUUCCUACCUCAUUUAGUUCAGCCUCUUAUCCAAACUCUGCAGUUGAUACGCCUUUAAAAAGAAAUGAAGGAAUAAACGUUGCUGCUACAAUCACCACUACUACUUAUGGUUUAAUUUACUUUGUGAUGAUCUGCAACUUGGAGGUGCUUUCACCGACUGGUACCAUUGUCAGGCAGAAAUGUGCUGGAGCGAUACUUUCAGGUUAUCAGGUUAUCCUUGGUUUCGCUUUUGUUGUUGAUAAUUUAUCUCAAUUGUCACGGGGUUUUGACCAAUCAGGCUCGAGUAUUCAAAGCAGCCUGGAAAUGAAACAGAGAGUAGAACCUAGGGGUGUCCCGAUACAACUUUUUGACUUCCGAUACAAUACCGAUAUUGUAGCCUUCAAUACUGACCGAUAACGAUAUUGAUCCGAUAUUAGCACAAAAUUGUGCAUGACAAGUACACACUGUUGUUGUGAUUUUGUGGGCUCAGCUUGCUGGAUCAGGGCGCUGCUAGAUAGAGGUACCAGAGCAGAGUCUGGAAUGGACUGCUUGUAUCGGAGUGAUGAUUUCGGAGAUUUUAGAUGCAGGCCGAUAUAAUCAGAUAUUUUAAUUUAUUUAUUAGUUCAUUUUUGCUGAUAUCGGACCGAUAUCCGAUAUCAAUAUCGUAUCGAGACACCCCUAGUAGAACCCUGAAGUUCAAUGCAAGAACCUUUUAAACCAGUCGAAGAAGACGCAUACCCACUUCAGCAGGAUCUGCUUUUGCCCGUAAUUGCUACCUGGAGAUAAAAAACAAUGUCAGAAUGCGCCUUCGCUCUCUCUCUGCUGAUGUGUCGAAGAGAUGCAGUAAAAUAGAAUUACUGUUCCUGCAUCAAACAAUAAAACCAUACCCAAAAACUUUUAAUAGAACAAGGGAGAUUUUCAGUGGCGUACUUUUGAGCAGGCAGACAAAUCUGUUUAUCUGAAGUGUAUUUACAGUAGAGGAAUAAAUUGAUCGCUACGAUGGGGUUAGUACCACACUGAAUUCUGGGCUUCUAUCCAGUUUUUGAAUCUUUAGAUGUCCCGGUGAGGCAGUAAAAGCUCAGAGAUCCAGCAGUGAACACUCUUAGCUCGAAUCAAAUAGGUCAUUUAAUUUGUCUGCCUUCACCAGUAGAAGUGCUCUGCAGAAACCCGCCAUGCACAAACAAUAUCUACACACACCCAGCCGGGCCUUUUUGCACACACAAACAAAACCUAUUUCAUUAUGGAGUCAAUACAUUUGGACGCUCUCACACUCUCUGGAACAUUAAAAGUGUUUAUGAGACUCUUUCUAUUAGAAGUGAAGCAAUUUGUGUGGCGUAGACUCUGCAUACCUUCCCGGUUUUCAAUAAGAAGUCAGAGCUGGCUCAAAGAGCACCAUGCUUUAUGAAAGCUGACAGCUGCUUGUGGAGACCUGUCUGCGUGGAUAUAUUCUCACUGUGCAGCCAGACAACAUUCGUCAUCCCUGAGCCUAUUCAGACCAGAGUCCCCUAUUCUAAUGGAAUAAUGAUAGCAGCCUUUCAGGGACACAUUUGUUAUGUUUAUGGUGAAGGGGGGGAAGUAAAAGUAGGAUCACUAAGGGAAACCAACAUUAAAUCAGUGAAAUAGUUUUGAUCUCUUGUGAUCUCUCUCAUUUCCCGAUUAUAAACUCCCACUGCAUCCUGGCAUCAUUAAAGUAAUAUUUCCUAAUUGCAGCCUGAGCGGGAUCGGGAUAAGUUAGAGAGUUGGGGGACUAUGAAAAUCAGGGCCAAUACAGUUUAGCCUUUGAAACUCUUGAUUUGUUAUUUCAGGUGUAUGCAAACAGUCCCUCUCUUUUCAUGAUUUGAGUAAGUCAUCGAUUCAGAGUGCUGCCACCUUCCUUUAUUUGACCAUGAGAACAAAUUAGAGAUCUCUCCAAUAAAAACCCUUCUCUCUGAAUCAGCAGUUUGGUAGUCUAGCUUGUUGAUGCAAUUAAGAUGACAGAUAAACAUUGGCCCCUGACUUUACUGCACUGCGCAUUAUUUGUUAAUGGGCUGAUGUCCUUCAUCAGGGCAAAUAUCAGCCCAUACAGAUGUUCAGCCAAUACACUGAUGCAUUAUGGAUUUACUUGAUAGUUUUUUUUCAUCUAAGAUUAAGACUGCCGGUAAAACAUUUGACAUUACAAUGACAGUACUAAAAGUAUUAUUUUGUUCAAUGAAAAACUGAGUUUGUUAUUUUGGCUCAGUGUGUUUGUGAUUUGUGGUACUUCUGCAGCCAGCCUCAAGUGGGCACUUGAGGAACUGCAGUUUUUAGCAUGAGUAUCCCAAGACUGGAGGCUGUAGCUAAGAUAGAUGUCCCCACCAUUACAAGGACUUGAUUAACACCUCAUCCUCACUAUUGUCUUCUUUUUUCUCUUACUCUAUAGAUGUAUUCUGUAUUCUCCAUUUGUCUGUUUUUUUUCAUAGCUCUUUUUUCAAAACAUUUGACAUCAUGUCUGACGUCAGUAGUCCUCUGAUAGUUUUACGAACUUCGUAGUCCUUUUCAAACCCUGUUUUUGUUCAGCCCCCACCUUUACAUGACGGUGUGUCUAGAACCAUUAACAAUCAGUGCGUUUACAUGCACAGCUUAAUCGGACUAACUUCAUAAUUCGGUUAUGUCCCCCUCCCCAAAACUAGGGGACGUCAGACGUCAGAAGUGACUACAACUGCUGCUGGGCAUUUUUGAGCAAGAAGAUGGAUGCAUCGUACAGCGUUGUUUUUGUCGUACAUGUACAUCAUGAUGUAUGCUACUUUUUCUGGAGAUGAGGUGCACGCUACUCCUCUUCUCUGGUGUUUUUGUUCCAGGGUUACGGGGGCGUGGCGCACACGCACAUCAGUAAUAGAUGCUUUACUGUGAACAGAUAUUUGUUGGUUUUUUUUGUUUGUUUGGGAAAUGCUUGUCCAUAUCCAUUAACAAUAGACCUGUGGGGCCGCUCUUGAUGGAUUCAUUGAAGACAGAGUCUCAGAAAGAAAGUGAGCGCUUGAUGUGUGUGUUUGUGAAAGAGAGGGAGCGUCGGUCUGUGCAGCGUUACUGAAGCGUAGCAGAUCAAUAUUGUAUGAAGAAAAGCUAGUUGCCCUAAUGUCUGUCCCAUCCAGCGUCUUACUCAUUACCCUGAGGCCACUCCGUAUUCUUUUUGCAUAUUUCUUCUGUCCCUCUUCAUUUCUUCUCCUCUGUGACCUUGUUUCUCCUUCUCCCACAAUUCUGCCUUUAUGUCACUCCCUCACUCCCUCACUCCCUCACUCAUCCAGCAUCAGUCCCCUUCCUCAUCCAUUUUUCUAGCUCCUCUUUUAUCUCUCUGCCUCCCUGUUGCGGCCACGCUCAUAAUGUACCAUAAAAUUAGCUCAAUUAAAUCACAGAUAAUGUAGAGCAGAAAAUUUAACUUGUGCUGCAAGAACAAUACAAAUUGGCAGACUUCUGCUGCACAAAAACACACAAACACACACACAUAUCAAAGAACAGAGGGAUUGAUGUGUCUAUGUGGGAAUGCAUCUGUGUGUGGAUAAAGAGAGUGUCUAAAAGCCCUCUCAAUGACCCCACUGUAAUAAAUUAAACAUUAAAACAGAUGAAACAUAAAAGGGGGAUUUGGAUUUUUGUUGUGUGGAAUUGGGAUUUCUUAAAUCAGUAAAUAUUUUAUUUGUUUGUGCACGUACUGGUUCUUCAAAUUUCUGUUUGAGACCAGAAUAGAGUGACAGUAUUGUCCUUUCUCUUUAAAAAGUUGCAGCAGGGGGCUGGUACAACAGUCUUGUUUGGUUUAUAAAGUGUUGCUUUAAGGCUGUAAAAGUGAUGCUGAAAACUUUCUCAUAGUUUCCAAAGGAUACUCGUCACAUAUGCUUGGUGCCAUGGCAUUUUCAGGGUAUCUAAGCAUGGUUUCAUGCCCUUUAGGCUAGGGCUGGGCGAUAAACCGAAAAUUUACUGAUACCAAAAUUUACGAUAAUAACCGAUGUCAUGGGUUAGGUUUGUCAUUAGGUUUGCUAAUUGUCUCUCAACAGGUAUUAAAUAAUUCAGACUUAAAAGCAAGGUCCUAAACAUAUCCUGCAGGGUAGAAAAGGCGUGUGGGUAUAACAUCGAAAAAACUGGACUUUUUAUAUCGACUUCAUCAAGCACAUUCAAAACUAUAGCUGCUAGGACUGGGCGAUAAACCAAAAAAUGUACCGAUACUGAAAUUUACAACAAUAACUGACGUCAUUUUGCCCAUAUCGGUAUAUUUGGUGUCAAAUAAAUAAAUAAAUAAAUAAAAGUUGGAUGUGUAGGUAGGCUAUGGUCUCAUGUCCCUUUAAGACACUGUCCUAUGUCCGUAACAAAGAGGGAAAGACAGGUGAGGAGAUGGAGGACGGUUCAAAAGUUGAAGCGGCUGAAGUAGACAAAGUUAAUGUGGAGUGAGCAGCUUGUGGAGUAGUUAUCGUCCAUUUAUCGUUAUUGAGGUGAACUGCUCAAUAUAUCGUGAUACUGAUUUGAGGCCAUAUCGCCUAGCCCUAGUUUAGGCUCCAAUUGUUGACGUUUUUUACAUCAAUUUUUUUUUUUUUGAGGGAAUAAUUAGUGGUUAAACUACACCUCUGUGUCUUAUUGCUGGAAAAAGUAGCAUUAGAGGGUCCGCAAAGGAUGCAAUUAAGUAAAGAAUCUCAACGACAAACAAGACCAUCAACAAGAGGAGGAACCACUUCAGAUCAGUGCAGUUAUUCUUAAUGUCUGAAACCCCUGGCAGCAGGCAGGCGACAGACAAAGUGAUUAAUGUAACACCGCUGAUACAGCCUUUUUCACUCUCCACUGCAAUAAACCCUCCAUGAGUGAUAUAUUUCAGCGGGACAUUUGACAAUAAAUAAAGAGCUGAGACAGAUUUUUUUAAGGACCAGCUAAUUACACAUGUACAGUAAAUGCUUUCAUGAAGUUUGCAGGGUUUCGGCUUACAGCACAGCACAGUAGGGGAGGCUCUAAAAGUUCUUCCUAAAACUUUCGUGUUGCUGUAAUAUAGAGAAAAAUGCAGAUUUGACACAAAAUUGUGUAUGCCUGCUGCAUGGAAAUAUCGGAAAAUCUCUUAAUUAGUAUGAGAGUCAGGUAGAGCAGUAGACCACAAGAAGAUACAGAGGUCUGCAUGAGUAUCAGGGGGAUCCAGCUCUGGGUGUGCUCCUAAUUAGAAGUGCAGAAUCAAAGCUUGACUCUGGUUUAGGUCUGAGAGCAGGAACAUCAUCACAAGAAGUCAAACAGUUGUAGCUCCGAAGGAAGGAACAACUUGUUCUGCAAGAAUUGAACACGUGGCCUGUAAACAUUUGGUGCCAUGGCUAAGUUAAGUCUAUUAACAUUAACAACAUUGUGUGUAAUGGGUUUUUCAAGUCUACAUGUGGGUUGCUUUAAAAAAAAAAGCUUACUUGGGAAUUUGUAAUUGAUUGUUUGAUUCUUAUGUGUUUUUUACUUAGAGUAGAGGAACUCAAAGCAAUCACAUUAUCAAAAAAAAGAAAAGCUUUCCUCAGCUAAGUAUGUCUGGAUAAGGACAGUGAGAAAUGUCCCUGUUAGGCUCCCGUCCAGCAGAGCACUCCCUGUUGGUUUGUCUCAUUAAAUGGAAAGUUUAAUCUAGCAGUUGGGGCAAUUAGCUUCUGAACUGUCUUUUUAACGGUAUCACAUAAAGAGGAGGAGCAGGAGGGACAGAGAGAGAGAGAGAAAGAGCGAGAGAGAGAGAAGUGCUGAAGUGUCAACUGAUACAGCAUUGUUGUUGUCCUCUCUGUGAGACCACAGGGCUCCCUCCUACAAUCCUUACUCCUCUUACUUACUUGUACUUUCUUUUAAUCAAUUUGUUGUUGUUCUUUACUUACUUUUUACCACCCAUUUCGGUUUUAAUCUCGAAAGCUUCAUUUAAUUCACAAAAUUCUGACCUAAUUCGUGUCGACUUUAAUCUCGAAAUUUCGACUUUAAUCUUGUUCCUGUAAUUAUUAUUUUUUUCUCUUCUUGUGGCCCUAAUCCCCUUUUGUAUCUUUUUCUUUCACUCCUUACUUGUUCUUGAAUUUUUUCUUUCUUUAUUUUGUUUCUUUCUUUCUCUAGAUUUGACCCCAUCAUUUAUUUCUUCUGUCCCUUUUUUCUAAAUUUUAGCUUAAUGUUUUCUUUUACACUAAUUUCUAUCUUUCCUGUGUCUUUCAUCCAUCUUUUCUUAAACCUAAAAAGGAAAAUAUCAACAAUUUCAUUUGACUCUGUACCUCUCAGAGAGAUGUAAAACUGAUUCAGUAAGUGCAUAAACACAGAAAGUGCUACGUUCUCCACAGAGGAGAAAUAGGGGCAGAAAGGUUGUAGGAAUAAAAAAAAGUAUUACAGGAACUUCUGCUUCUCACUGUGCUCAAAGUAUUUUUAGGAAAAUACACUUGCUGUGACCUACCUACACCCCUUAUUUAAGGCAAGUCAAUGACCAGCUGUCUAGCAUACAAAUAGAGGACAUUCACAAAGUCUCUGUGAUAGUCACUCCACCGUGCUUUCAUUAUUUUCUCAAGGCUCCUGUUCUUUUAUUUGGACGUCCAGCAGUUCGGGAAGCUUUCUUUAAAGUCCCGUCGAGCCGUUCGCAAAUUGCCUCCAUAAUUUCAGGGCCAAGUUUGAUGACUAAACCUUGGCAGAGAGUCACAGCAAGAACAGUGGCAUUACUUGGACUUGUGUUUAGAUGUGACUUAACAAAGAGUCUACGUGGUGUGAAUGAAUGAGUCUAUGUGCUUUGAGGUUUGAACAAAAAAAGGGAACUGUUACAACCAAGACAUGUUAGAGAAAAACUAAGAGACAGCUGAAGGGUGCAGAGGGUGAGAUGCACUUAAGCAAGACGUGUGUUGUACUCAUUGAAGGCUUUAUGUUUCUUUAUGUACGAUGAUAGAACUCUUUCUAAGUCAGCUACUCAUCAACAAAAUCGACAAGCUACCAAACUACAUUGUUGCUGUUGUUAAUGAUUUGGGAAGACAUCAAACAUCAUUCUUUUACGGGAGCAUGACAGCAAUUAAAAGGAUAUUCUGGAAUAAAUUUAAGUAAUAGUCAAACACCGUAACACCGCGUUAGACACCCCCUCGAGAGAUGAAUGUCGCUGACUGCUUCCUUCUCUAGUUAUACCAACUUUAGUAACGACCACAUGAUAGCAAUACACAGCGGUCUUUCACUCCAUGCUUAAACCUCAACCAAAAAGCCACUCUAUAGCCACAAAUAAUGCUCAGAACAGCACCUAACUUCAUCAACAGUACAUAUAAGGUCCCAGCCAUAGUAUGAGCCAUCAAACAUCUUUUUAAAUUUGCCUGGUUUCUUUAGGAAAGAGACUAAACACAACUCACCCACUCUCCUCCAGCAGCCGCUUGUUUGUUGGGGAGCCCUGACAAGUCGAUCACUGAGAGCAGCGGAUCAUUCCCAUGAAGUAAUAAGAUAAGAAGAACUUUAUUAAUCCCUGAAGGGAAAUUCAAUUGUCUGUUGUCUCACAUAAUAUGUCUCUAAAAGUUAUCUACUAUUUAAACAAGAAUUAGAAAGUCUGAUGGCUGUUAGUACAAAAGAUCUUCUGAAUCUUUCUGUCCGGCAGCGAAGAGAGAGGAGUCGUCCACCACCAUUGGCCUUUUGGUCCAUCAAGGUGUUGUGAAGUGGGUGAUCCAUGUUCUGUAGAACAGUCUCCACCUUCCUCAGUGUAGAUCUGAUCUAUGAUAAUAAUCACCAUAAUAAUCAUUUUGCCCAGCAGACACGGAAGUUCUUCUGCCUUAAUGUCUCGGUCCGAUUGCAUUUCUGAUCUGAUCAUAAAUGUUCUUCCUUGAGCUGCGAAACUCCGCUGCACUCAGUGAUCAACUUGUCAGGGCUCCCUCACAAACAAGCGGCUGCUGGAGGAGAGUGGGAUAGAUUAUUAAAACCAUAGAAUAUUAUAUACUUUAAAACAGAUGCAAUUACUAUAAUGGUGAAUCACAACCCCCUCCUUAACCAGCACAAGGAAGAUCCUAAGUUUGUGAACGGACCAUCACAGGAGGUUCUCAAGUGUGUGUCAGGUCCUGUCAAGAUCUCUAACACUGAGGAAUAUGUCACCAUGACAGCAUCUGAUACAUCAUAUCAUACCUUGUUUGUCCUCUGUCCUGUCCCUAAUGCGUUACAUCCAUCAAUGCAGCACCACAGUUUUUCUUUUCCAGUACUCCUGCUCUGUCUUUGUCCGUUUGUUACUAUGUCCUUUCUGGUGAUCUGCAUCACUCCACACAAACAAACAAGGACACCAUCCUCCACUGCCUCUGCUAAGAUGCUUCACUUUCAGCUGCUUCCAUAGUAAUUUGCCAUUUUUCCUGUAUUACUGCUGUGGCUGGAUCCCUUCACCAAAAAACAAAACAAAAAAAAAAAACACUGUCUCUCCUUUUCAGUUAUGAUUUAACAUAUAUGCUAAUCAUGGUCCUGUGUCUGUUUCCUUCUGUCUUAUUAAACCUUUCCCUUAUGCAUGCAUGGAUUACGACAACACAAUGCACACUGUCACCUUGUGUCACUUCCCUUCACAUUUAAUAUGUAUAUACACAGCUCCCUCUUGUCUCUCUUUCCCUGUGUUUUCCUGCCCUUAUUUAGUAGAUGGCUUUUUUGUGUGCCAGUGGCUGCUUCCCCACUGUGACAGCACCUGUACUCAGCCCCUCUGCUGGGCUGUGUGACUGACAGCUCUGGGCAGGGAGUCAGCCAUUUUUAUCCUGAGGAGGCUUCCUGGAGCUUGCGUGUGGUUGGGGUUUUAAAGGGCCGAUGUGACUGGAGGGGAGUGUGGGAGGAAGCAGCAUGUUCUCCCACUUGGGUGUGACAGUCCUUGGGGAUGAAGAGUGAGCCAUUCGAGGCUGAGUAAAUCCUUCAGCGAACAUUUUUUGAAGUACUAAGUGAAUAAUUUGGGAGUCGUUAUGAUCAUUUUGGACAUAGUUUGGACAUAGGUAGUUGAGGGCAGUGCAUAUUUACAUAUAGGAGAUAUAUAUGUCCCAUAGGCGUCUGCUAGUUUGUGUCUCUAUCAUAUAAACGCACAGAGCAAAGUGUCAAAAUCAUGAUGUAACCUCAUGAUCUGUCUCUUCACGGCCUCCCUGUGAGGGUGAGAAAGCACCUGUCUACUCGUCCUGGCACUACAGUGAUUGUGAGAACAGCCUGGCACCACAGAGCAGGAUGUGCUCUCCUGAUUAAGAGGGCGAAAUAUGUAUGAGCACAGGUGGAGACAACAGAGCACAAGUGUCCUCCAAAGUUUCCAAGUCUGCUAUCUUUUUUUUUAAGUAGAAGAAACUUUUCCUGAAAAUUAUAACCCAGAUUUUCUUGUUGCUGUUGUUGCUAUCAGUGAUUGUUUUGUCUUUUUGUGUUCGUCUCUUUUCCAGAAUGGUCAGUUGCAGCAGAGACUGGAUAAUGUCCAGAGAGACUUCAUAGUCUUCAACAGAGAAAAGUAAGAAAUUUCUAUCACCUGCUCAUCACUUUCUGCAACCAAAACAUUAUCGACCCGAUGUUGUAAUGGUUUUAGCUGAAGACAAAUACAAGGUAGAGGGCAACAUAAGAGUCCGGAAGUGUCGUCUUUUAGUCCUGUUGGGUUCCAGGAUAGGAAGAGUAGUAGUGAUGAAUCAAAACUAAAGCUCUAUUAUGCACCGUCCACCAACGCCUGUCAAUGCAAAUGAGGACAACUUUGGUGGAAUGUGUCAAAACAAUAAUAAUAAUAAUAAUAAUAAUAAUAACAAUAGGACUUAAUGGAGGUUACCAGAAAAAAUACUGGUGUACAUUCAUAUAUUGUUUUUUUAACGUUUGUUGGAGGAAUGACUUUAUGUCAUCGGCUGACACUAAAGCCCAGAUCAUGGUAUCAGACUUGGAGUAGCCCAUCCCCAGUAAUUAUAGAAACAGCUGCUUCUUUAAGCUAACAUCUACCUCUUGCACUGGUUUCAGGCAUUAAAAACUAUGGUAGAAAAAUCCUCAAUCUUGCCUGUGAUGGUCUUAUUUGCUUUUAGAUAUCAUGAUAAGACAUCACUGUGAAUUCCAGUAUGAUUCAUAAACAGAAAAACUCUCUACAGGAGCUUUAAAGCCAUGAUACCAGACAGAGUCUACUGGAUAUAUGAUUGAGUUAUCAGCAUACACUGAGACUCGACUAAGAUCAUUAGUGCAGAAGAGCUGCCAAAGACAGCUUCCUCAAGGCGCUUCAUGUUUAACAAGCUUGAUUUUGAACAGUGUGUUCUCGGUUCUAAUCAACUUCUAAUCAGAAAUUUGGGAAACAGAGAGAAAUUCUAGAUUCCUCUGUUACAGUAACUGUUUUGUUUGUAAUCCUACUUUGUCCGACUGCAAUGGUUUUAUACCACAAAUACACAGGGAUCUAAUGCAUGAGUUCUCUCUCUAUAACGUCCUCUCACAAUCCAAAAACAUGCUCAUCAGGUUAACUGGUUACCGUCAGCCCUGUGACGGACUGGGGACCUGUCCUGGGUGAACCCCGUCUCUAACACUACGACAGCCGGGAUAGGCUCUAGCUCCCCCCGCAACCACAAAGAAGAUAUUAGAUUUUUCCUUGCUGCUGGGUUAAAGCAUGAGAAACAAUGCAAAAGGAUGGUUUCUGACUGUUGUACCCACUGUGGGUGUUCAAUUGGAGCAAAAAUGAAGAUUUGACUGUCUGAAAGAUCAUUUAAAUGUAAUGGAACUAGUUCUCUUUAAGCCACAAUCUUUUAAUAUGCACAUUUUAACACGAAAUGUGACUACUUCAUUUCUUUGAGACUGAAAAAGGGUGAAAUCAUCUGUACACACAAGGAGGAUCAUCUGUUAUCUGUUUAACUGGUUCAUUGGAGUUGUUCUUUACUCAACAGGUCAAAGAAAGCAGUGGUUGACUCCGAGUCCUCCGACCUGUCCAUCAGUGAGAAGAACAAGGCGAUAGAGGACGGACAGAACAACAACGUUGAACCUGCUGCCUACCUUUCAGGAUAGCUCUCCUGACUCAAGAUUCCUACUCGCUCCCUUUUCACUGGCACCUUCUCACAGCUUCUAAAUCUGCAGCUAACGCUCAGACACUUAUUCUAUCAGCACAGGCACUCAGAUCCAGUCUAAAUGCUCCUGCACCACCUAACCAUCUAUAUACACACAAAUGCAGAAAGUACUUGUGCUUCACCAUUCACAAAAACACACAAUCACAAGAUCGAGAAAUACAGGAGGGAGAUGGACUCCUAGUGAAGCCCACAGCUGAGCUUUUUGCUUUCCUGUCACCAGGAACUUACUCAUGUCAUCGCUCCUGUAUGUCACUGCGGUGCUGUAACAUCUGCUCAACCUCUCUGCGGGGAAGCAUGAGGUGAAAGUUACUCCCCUGCCCUAAAGGAGACAACUCCACACAUGCUCAGCUCGCACAGGACGUAAGCCUGAUAUGGUCAACCGUGGCAAGAAGCUGGAUAAGCUGCUGCUGGGCCGUGGUGGGACACUCAGACUCUUAAUCUCAGCUAGCUAAGCCUCUUCUGGAUAACUAUUUCUGUGUCACAAAGGCUCUCCAGCAUGGAUGGCUUUGUCCUACAUGGACUACAUACCCCACAAUUUACGCAUGACACCAAGAGUGCAAAACAUAAAAAUGGACAGGUCGAUAAGGUACAACGAGGCCUUCGUUUCUAAGACAGCAACCACAGAUUCCUCGAAGAAGUACACUAAAGAGUUGAACUGUGUGCUUGAGCAUGAACGGCUCACUUUAUCAUAGCAGCAGAUACAUGGUCGUAGUAUUCAUUAUGCUUAGCUUUGCUCGUCAAGCUAACAAAGAUGGUAGGGACUGCAAUAUUUGGUACAAUGGCCCGGCUGCAUCAGCUGCAGAUAGAGGCAAUGUGCUUUUCCUCACUUGUAAUGCUUUGAGUUACUCUAAAAUCUAAAAUACUUCAAAAGAAAAUCAGUUUAAAUGUUCAGCUUGAGGUCAGUUCUGCACCACGGGUGUUUAUUUGGAGUUUUCAGGUUGAAUCUAAAAGUAAGAAGACCUCACAGUGACCAUUUGGUUUAGCCGACGCCUUUAUCUUCAAAAGACAGUCUGGGCUGUAAAAUCAAGGUUCAUAGCUGUGAAAAGGUAAAAACUGUAGAUGGUAGAUGUUAUAUGUUCUGCACUGAACCUUGCUUCUGCACACGCUUCCUCAUCUACUGUAGCAUUUAUGCACAGAGAGACAAAAAAAUCUAAAGCUGUGAGUGAGUACAUAUUCCCUUAGGGAUGGUUUUGUAGACGAGGAUUAAGCCGAGUCUUAGAUAAGGUUCAUUUUUUAGUUACCUUCUGCAUUGAAAUUUGUUUUUAUCCAAUGGUUUUUGAGUGUCCUUCUACUUCAUGUUUGAUUAAAAACCAAUUACAUACUGUAUGUGCCACAAGAUGAGUCUGUAGAUUUGUAUUUGCAGUUAAGACCAAAACAUCCUGGUAUGACAAUCUAGUGCAGAUUAACAGUGAUCUAUUACAAACUAGAUAAAACUAAACACAGAUAUCUGAAAUAGUAAAGAAAAUUUGUAGAUACCAAACAAGGCAAUAACCUUCACUUUAAAGACAAUGUCCUCGCCUCGCAACAUUCUUGUAAAACAACAGUUUUCCCUAAAAAUACAAGCGUAGGUAGUAAAAACCUUUUUCACAACCAGUAAGUUCAUGUGGUUUCUACUAAUGUAAAGUUAUUGAUAUUUGCAAUAUGACUAAACACUCAAGUAUAAAAUACAUGCAGUUAUAUUAAAGACACACUUUACUCUGUUGAAAUUCAUACCUGUUGGCACUUUUAUAUUCAAAAUUGAUACGAUGUUUUGAAUUAUCUUUGUGUUGUUGUUAUUGUUGUUGUCACUAAUGUAUUUUGACAUAUCCAAAAGUGGUUUUCUGUAUAGAUACAGUAGGAAGGUUGGACGUUUCCUGAGAGUGGAUAAUACUGAGGAGUAAAUAAUACUUGACAAUGAUUUCACCCAGAGGUGUCAGAUUUGAUAUUUCUAAUAGAGGAGAUUCAAACCCCCCAAAAAGUAGUCAUUGUCAAGUAUUAUUUUUCUUGAGUUAUACCAUUUUUUCUUCAAGACGUCUAUUUAAAAUGAUAAUGAUUUAGUCCGGGGACAGAACUCUUCCCCGCCUGUGAAACUGAUUCCUAUUAAGGUUUUGUUGUCCUUGAGUUGUCACUGUGUGUUUAUUGUACUCAAAUGUGAUGGAGUUGCAAACUAUUAAGGUGUGCCUUAAAUACUGACUUUCUUUUCUGAACCAA